UUACUUUACUCAUUUCAAUUUCCAGACUAUGCAUUUCUAAGAAGCCUUCCUCAUGUAGAAGCAAUGCUUACUUGUGUAAAAGCAUUUGAAAUAGGUGACUACGAGCUAUUAAGUCAAAUUGAUGAUGUACUGGUAAGUAAGAUCCAUGUAUUAAUUUCUGGAUUUUUGGAUGAUUUUUUAAUUCGAACUUAAGUAGUUACAGGUAGGUUGCAUUUGUUAUAUGUUUUUGGUUAAUAUUUCUUUUCAGUUGAGUAAGAGAAAGUACAUAGAAUCCUGGCUUAGAGGAGAUAUGGAUAUAAGCCUCCAUGAUGUGCAUACGGACAUUCAAGUAUCACCUGACAAUGAAUUGACUUCUCAUAUUCCAGUUGUUUACUCAGACAGUACAAGUAGUGAGAGGGAGGAUUUGCACAGUACUCCUUCCUAUGGCUCACCUGCAGCUGAAGGACAAAUUGACAUCACUGAUUCCUCACUGUUCUGUCGUGGAAGUGACAUUGAUGAUGGUGUUCAAAUAUAUGCUCCUGGGUAUGGGGAAAGUUUUUCGUGUUUACCAAAAAGUGUUAUUCAUUUAGUUAGCGAUAGCAAUGGAAAUGGUCCUUCUCAAACAGCAGCUGUUAUUUAUGAUGCUAAUAACUUGACAUCAAGCCGAUUAAGAACAACAACUGAACGGUCAAAAUUGCAGAAAAAUGUCAAAGCUACCUUGGCGCAUGCUGCACUCUCUGCGGUUAUGGAAAGUGAUGAGACUUCAAGCAAUCCAACAACAUGGUUUGGUAAUGGUCAGCAUGAGGAACAUUUGCUGAAGAUAAGACGUUCUGCUAGUACUGGUAGUCUUAAUGAUAAUUUGCUGCAUUCUAAAAUUGAUGUUACUGACUCACAAACAUCAAUCAUAAAACCAGUAUCAGAUGGCAACAGGUUUGAAGUAAGGAUAACACCUUCAGAACCUCAAGUGAAGAAAGUGCUUGGGCACUACAGGUCAAGAUCAGAUGAAAUAGGGGUACCAAAAUCUCUACAACCGGAGUUUGUUGUUGAUAAACAAGGGGAAAGUGAACAUCGUCCAGUUUUGUUUAGCAAUGUAAGCAGAUUGUCAUCUUCGCUUCCCACCACGUCAGGUAAGUACCCUGUAGACUGUAGCCUUGAUUAUGUUUAAGACAUUGGAAGGUAAUUUAGUUUGUUCAGCUUUAAAUUGAAUUUCCAUGCAUUUUUUGUAAAUUAUUGACAAAAUAGUUUUUGGGAGAUAUUUCAUUAUUUAUUGCCGGGAAAAAAAUAAACCCUUGUGUACUUCAUCACCUGUUUGUCUGUAAGAUCAUUGACUUUUUAGACCGUUUAGUGGUGAGUAAAUGAUACAUAGAGAAUACUUCAUGGAAAGGGUGCGGUAUUUACGCAUGAGUUGUUGAUGUAUCAGAAAUCGAACGAGUGAGAUUUCUGAUACAAAAACAACAAGUGGUAUUGUGUUUAUUAUAUACAUACUGAGACAUUCAGUCAUCAUUUUGGCCGCCUUUUUAUUUCAGUUCUUUCCAAAAUGCUAAAAUUUACUACUACACACCACCAAAUAACAAGGAAAUCGAAUUAUCAGCUUCUUAGUAAAAACGUUUGUUGAAAAUAUAAUGAGGGUACGAGGAUAUGAGGUUAUCCAAGAACUACAAGUAAUCUUAACUGUUUGUUCUGAAUGCACAAUUUUAGUGAAGUAAAAUGGCCGGUUUGAAUGUAAGCUUAAGGUGACUCGACUCAGUUAUUUUGUGAGGAUACCAUCCUACUUUGAAGCUCUCUGGUAUCCCCACCUUUACUUUGAUUGUAAGUCUAGCAUAUAGCAUGGAUAACAUAUAGAUCAAUCUACAAUAUAGCAUAAAUUUUUUGGCGAUCGGAGUAAUUGUCACGUGGUUAUAGUGCCACGCCUCUUUGGGGUCUGAGUCGAAAUUCUGCUGUUGCCGGCAUUUUUUCGGAAAAUCUCUCGGCUACAUAUAGUGCGUACUAGUGCCUUGCGUUGAACAAACUUUUACCAAAAUCGCAAAGACCCAAUGCGAGAAAUUUAGCGGUUUCCAAAUUUAGGUCAUAAUUUAUGCAAAAAUGAAAAGCCAAUUUUACACGAUUAUAUCUAAUAAACUAUGAAAUUUAUCUCGUUAUUUUGGGGAUCUUUAUAACAGAUGGGUCCUUGCAAGUCAGCAAAAAACUCUAGGGCCUUGUAAAUGCGCGCGAUUUCUUGCAAUGCAAACAUAUACAAAUUAUAGUUUUAGUUGUUGACGUUCGUCAGCGUUUAAAAGUCCUUCUCACGAAAAAAGCAUUUUCUUAAAAAUUCGUAGUUUUUUUUCCUUCAAAUUUUUUCACGGCCACAAUUGAUUAACUAACUACCCGGAUUCUGAAUUUCAUGAUCAUUGAAAAUCUUCGAGAAAAAGUCAUAUUGUCUGAUAAUGCAUUUGCCUCCUCAAUCUCAGUUCCAAAAAUAUAUUUAUCUGAUGAAGUUGGUGUAUUGCAGAGCCUCUGUACAGUAAUGAUCCUUUUCUGGAGGACCCUUAUGAGCAAAAAUCUCUGGCGGAAAUGCUUGCAUCACAGGAUUUCAGCUCGUGUGAAAUGGACAAAGUAUGGCUGUACAUUGCUUACUUUACACCUUCUACUGUUCAUUUAGAGAAAAUACGCAUUCAUUUGUGUGAAACGGCAACCAAUAGCACAAAUUAAGAUACGUUCAUUAGCACGAAAAAGCAAAUAUCUGCGCAUAAAUCAGAUUCAAUAACAUGACUGGGUAUUCAUAUGCGUCAUUUGGCAUACAAAGGAGAAAAGUAUACUUUCAUUAAGGCAAACAUCUGAGGCGUUAACACCAUCUUGAAAGUCAAUAGGGACAAUAUACAAACAUUAAAGUGCAAUCACUAUUCAUUAACAUGUUUGUGACACUGUUUGCAAUUCAAUAGCAUUCCAGGAUGGCCUUAGUGUGGAUAAGACAAACAUUAAUGCACUUGAGUGUUCUUUACAUUAAAUUUUAAUAUGCAAAAACUGAUUUUCAGUUAAACAGUACCAAUUCCAAAAAAAAUGGCCUGAAUUUUUACGCUAUCUGUUUUAAAGAAACCGUGCUUUACUUUACUGUACUGCACCACUGUGUGUUCGUAGACGGCUGUGGCUCAUUUUGAUGGCCAGAAGUCGUGGUAGGGCAUGACAGGGAGAGAGGGCAUACCGCUAAGUGUGCAGCCAACGAGGACGUGGCAAUUAUAUCACCUAUCAAUGUUUUCCUCAGCAGCUGCUGGCGUAAUGAAUGCUGUGUCGGUUUUUCGGUGACUUCCUAGCACAGGCAAGGACAAAUAUGGAUCCCGACGAGUGGGUGAUCUUUGCAUAUGACAGAGUGCUAGACCACCGAGAUCUGGCCAUUCCCGCCCCAUAUGUACACAGCUUACGCUCCACUCUACAUCAUGGAACAGGUUAAUUUUAAGCGCUCUGAAAGCAGCAAUCAAGCGCAACAUCUCACGUCGGGAAAUUCAAAGAUGACCAUAUAUGGAAUUGGAUAACAGGAAUGAGGCCAAAGCCCUGGGAAUCACACCAGGGGAGUUUCAAACACAACAACUGCUUGAAACUCUUCACAGAAACAUAGGCACUGUGACCGCAGCUAAUUGUGCUAAUUGUGCUAAGAUGUUUAACUAGAGAAGUUAUUGAGGGAUCUAAUAGACUGAAAUUCAGGCCAGAUUUGUUUGAAUUUUAGUUGUUUAAUUGAAAAUCGAUUUUUGUAUAUCAAAUGUAAAGAAAGCUCAAUUGAUUUUACAAGCCCAGAAAUGUUUGCUUUAUCCAUCCAAAGGCCGUCCAAGAAUAUUAAAAAAAAUGCUAUUGAAUUUCAAACAGUGUCAUAAAAAAUAUUUAAUGUUAAUGAAUAGUGUUGGCACUUUAAUGUUUGUCUAUUGUCCCUAUUGACUUAAUCAAGAUGGCGGUUAAUGACUUGGAUGUUGGCGAAUAUAUUAAUAAAGUAUAUAUGAAUACCCAAAAAUGUUAUUGAAUGUUGAUUGAAAUGCAAAAAUUGUUAUUGAAUCUGAUUUAUGCGCAAAUGUUUGUUUUUUUGCAGCAAUGAAUGUAUCUUUGUGCUAUUGGUCACCAUUUCACGCAAAUGAAUGUGUAUUUUCUCUUAGUGAACAGCAAAAGUUGUAUAUUUAUUUAAUGUAUAUAUUUUUAAGCACAAUAUAAACAAAUAUGGAUAUUAUAAGAAAUAGAAGAAAGUGUUAUUGUGUCGGCAAAUUUGUGAAAUCAGUGCCUUACAUAUUCCUUACCUAAUUUAGCCCUUGUAACGUGGCUGAUGAAGGAAUUAAAGAAAAAGGAAAAGAAAAGUGGGGGUGUAAAGCCAAACCCUGUGAUUUUUUGUCUCCUGAGAUCAAGAUGCACCCUUAUAUAUAUGUGCCUAAUUAAAAGAAUUUAUCUGUAAGAUCAUUGGAGGAAUACAAGGAAGUUAAUAAAAGCUUUCAGUAGUAGUGCUGCCUUUUUGCAAGGUUUCUAAGGUGCCAAACAAUUUACACAAGGUUACAAGGUUAGUUAUCAAAUGCUGCAGUUAUUCAAUCAAUUAAAUUCAAAUUCUUCUAGUUCUUCCACUUCCAAAAAUUAUGACACAAUUUGGUGUGAAGGACAAACGUCAUGUAGAAGUGAGCCAUUCAGCGCAGAGUCAGUUAACGGUGCUGAGGGAAGUGAAAGUAGCCCUGCUCUUGGGGUAAUUAAUUGUGCAGCUUUGUCACUUUUAAGCACAGAUGAAUGAACUACACUGUGCAGUGGGCUGCAGUUUCGUGCGGUUGUUCCAGUGCAGUAAAAAGGAAUUUGUCUCUUGUCAGUGAUUGUGUGACCUCUUUUUCAACAGGAAAAUGCUCAUUUUAGCAUAUCAGAAGCUUUGAUUGCAGCCAUUGAACAGGUAAGAAAUACACAAAUUCAUGCAACUGUCUUUAAAAUGAGUUUGAAAAGGAUAAGGUAAGAUAAGAGCUUUAUUUUAGCACGAUAAAAAGAUCAGCAUUGCUAGUGGGGUCGUGCAUACAACAAUUACAAGAAAAAUAAGGCGUACUGAAAGCAAAUGUACGAUUACAAAAUAAAAAACUAUUAUAAAUGUUUGUAACCGAUAUUUCAGUUUUAGUUGUAGCUAAAAUAGGUUGUGAAAAUGUACAAUUGAAAAUUAAAACUGUUAAAAGUAUUCGUAACCGAUAUCUCUAUUUUUAGUUGUAGCUAAAAUUGGUUCAAAUUCAUUUUAUCAGUAUCAAAUUCUACCAGACAGCGUUUAAAUUCUUUCAAGGUUUUGGCUCUUGUUUCCUUGUUCAUUAAAGUGUUCCAUGUAAUUACUCCUCUAAAGCGUGUGGAGUUCCUGAUAAAAGUUGUUCUGGCCUUGGAAGAAUGAUGUUCUCAUUUCUUCUGCGGCCUGAAUUCCUCUGUAAAAACAAAUCUUUAAAUUCCGGGACGGUGUAACCUCUUAAACACUUGAAGACAAACUCUUUACAUUGUUUCCAGACUGUCCCAUCCAGUUCGCAUUAAGACCUCUUCAGCGCUAGACGGUCCCUUGGCAACCCAUAUACAAUCCGUCCAGCCCUUGCAUGGAGUUUCUCCAGGUUGUUUAGGUGCGUCUUGUUGCACGAUCCCCACACUAUCAGACCGUUUGUAACUGAUGGCAAUAUCACUUUUGUGUAAAAAUCUUCUAAUUGCUUGUGAGGGAGGAAUCACAUGCGUCGGAAUAGACUUAACUUUGAUGCGAAGGACUUCGCUACAUUUGCAGCAUGAUCUUACCAGGACAACUUGUUAUCAACUUGUACUCCGAGGAGUCUUUCUGAGGUUGUCCACUUCAUGAUGUUGUUGCCAAGACAAAGAGCUUGGAUAGGGCCAGUAAAGUUGAUUUGCGCUGCAUGAUCAUUGCUUUACAUUUAUCUGGGAGUGGUACCAUCGAAUUUCUGUCGCACCAUUCCUGGAGUUCAGCUAGAACAUUGUUUAGUGAGUUUGUUAGCAAAUCCAUCGUUUCUGCGAUACAGUAUAUUGUUGUGUCCUCUGCAUACAGAUAGGUUUCCGCAGAGCGUAGUGAUUUUGGGAGGUCGUUUGUGAAGAGGGAGAAUAACGGGGUCCGAGAACCGACCCUUGCGGCACUCCAUGAGUUAUAAUGUGUGUAUUGGAGUCGCAUCCGUUGAUUCUUACGAAUUGCUUUCUUCUGUAAGGUAGUUCUUUAACCACAGCCAGAUAUCUCCUCUGAUUCCAACGUCGUUCAGCUUUUGUAGUAAUAUAUUGUGCGACUCUGGGUCGAAAGCUUUAGUGAAAUCCACAAACAGUAUUCCCACAAAAAGCUUUCUUUCUACUGCUUCUCUCCACUUCUCAGUUAGGUGUUCUGUUGACUUUCCCUUUCUAUAAGCCCAAUGGCCUGUUAUCAAGUAAAUUUUGCGUAACUACAUGAUUAGUGAUAUUACUUGCGACGCAGGAUUCCAUUAAUUUACUUGGCAUACUAAGCAUAUGCAGUGGUCUGUAACAUGUUCUGUCUUCCUCUCGUCCUUUUUUGAACGCUGCACUGACUCUAGCUAUUUUUCACUGGUCUGGUGGAUUGCAGGCUUCAACACUCUGUUUAAACACGCUCGUGAGAGAUGUGGCAAUAGACAUACCUGCAUACUUAAAAAGACGCGCAGAUACGCCAACUGGCCCCGUAGCUUUCUUCACUUUUAACUUGCAGAUCUUUUCCUCGAUUUCCUUCUGACUAUUCAUGAUGCUGGUCAUAGUCGGCGUAUCCACAUUCUCACGGCUGUGAGCGUUUAAUGGCUGAAUUUCAUCUGCGGGGCCAAUCGAUUUUUCAGCAACUGUGCAGAAAUAAUCGUUUAACAUAGUUGCCUUUUCAGUGUCAUCUGUUGUAAGGGUUCCAUCGUCCUUCUUUAAUCGGUGGGCUUGUCUGUUUACUUUUGUUGUUCCUGAUGUCUUUUCAGUAGUCUCCAGUAAGCAGCAGCGGAUUUUACUUCAUCGAAUAGAUUGGAGUAAUAAUCGGCUUUGGCUUUAUUCGUCAUUGUUGAUACUUUAUUUCUGAGUCUUUUAUAAUGAUCCCAUAGCAGUGGAUCAUUUAGUUGACGCGCCCUUUUCAGAGUGUUAUAUUUUUGAUUCCUGGUUAUUCUGAUUUCCUUUGUUAUCCAAGGCAGGCUGUUACUGCAUACUUUAAUUUGUUUAAGUGGUGCGUUUUCGUUGCAUAAUUCUGUGAAGAGCAGGUUCCAUGCGUAAUAAACAUCAGUGUCACUUUGAAAGUUCCUUUCGUUGAAUUUGUUGAAGUUCCUGAUGGUAAUUAUUUUAGGCUGGUCUCGCGGGAUACUGGCUGAUAAAGUUGCACAAAUCAUGUCGAGAUCUGAGUUACCCAGGGAACGUGUGUCCUUUUGUUUGACCAGAUCUUUUCUAUUCGUGACAAUGAGGUCAAUCAACGUUUUAGAAUGGUUAGUAAUUCUUGUUGGUCCUUUUACCACGUUCUUCAUAUUAAACUGUUCGAGUAUCCCUUUCAUGUCGUCAUGGCGUGAAGUCUUAAAUAGAAUAGCACUAUUACCAAGGAAUUGAAACAAAAAAUCGCACAUUAAAAUGCUUAAAAUGGCACUCCUUGACUGUGCCAUCAACGAAAUGUGUUGCAGUGUUGACGGAGGACGGGGCAUUUGCCCUCUUUUUUCGUCCCAACCCCGGGGGUUUGACAGCUCAAGAGGCCCCACCCCCGGAAAUUUGCCAUCCAAGGCAUAAAAAUGGUAAUGCCUGGGGAUCAGCCUGGGAGUCAAGGAUUGACUGAUGCGUAACUUAAAUGUACCCGUGCUCUUCAGUCAGCAAGCAUAUGGUGUCCAGAGGUUCUUAGCAAGAAAUGGAUUCAAAGAUAACUAGAUCGCUAUAGCAAAAGGCAACUGAAUCGGCUUUUAGUUUUAUUCUUCAGUCUAAUCAUGACACUUAGCUUCUUUUGCAUGGUAGCCUUGUAUGAUAUUGCCUCUUUUGGGAUGGAUUAUCCUUUCACUAGAGAACUCAUUAAAAUGUGGCAACACCUCAAUUUCAACUUUAUUGAGAUGCUGAUCUGGUAUAACUUUCUUAUAUGUAUCAACAGGUUAUUAUUUAAAGUAGUCUUUAUUAUUUGUCACUGUCAGGUAUUUUCCUAGUUAUGCGUAUUCUCCUUCAUACGAAACCAAACUCCUGGUCUCCCGUACGGGUCCCAAGUCUCCCGGAUAAAAUCAGCUUUUAAGAUCUCCAGAGGUUGGCAUCUCUGUUUUCCUCAUGAUAUCUUGAAAAAGGAUUAAGAGGUUGCAUUCCUUUUAGCCAAACUUUUUUUCGGAUUUAGACAAUCCAGAUUAUUUGGAUUUUCCUGUUAGCCAGAACAAAAAUCUGAAAUAACAUUGAUCCGUACAGUAGCUGCCUGCUGCUCUGAUCUUCUUCUCAAUUUCAACACAUCGUUUUUCAUUUCUUUCCGCUAAAUUAAGCGUCUUCUCGUGGAGAAAUGAAAAGAAAAUAGCUCUUUAACUAGUGGUGGUUCAUACUGGGACUCGUCAACUUAAAAUGAUCUGAAAUUUGAUUCAAGAAAAUUCAGGAGACAAUUACGAAUUCUCAAGUACUGAGAAGCAUGCUCUAAACACACGCACAUUGGACACUAUAGUUUUACGGUGAGAAAAUGCAAGCGUUUUUGCUUCGUUAUAGAUUUAGAGUUAAAGGGAAACUUAAGUUUAGUAUACUAAAAUCCUUAAAUGGCAUAGAACAAAGGAGAAGUGUAAAUAACUUUUGCCCAAAUUAACCUGGACCCGCCGUGUUUAUCAAUGAAUGAGCUCGAUCUUUGCAAUCGAAAAGCAGUUUCAUUAAAUAAAAUAACAAUCUGAAACCAGAUUGAGAUACCAAUCGGAACAAUCCUAUUGCGGAGGUGGAUUGUUCAGAUUGCAAUCUUAGAUUGCUUUAGUCCUCAAUGGAACGAAAAAUCAAAAGUUUUGGAUCGCAAAAUCCGGAUUUUGAUUGGUCGAAAGGAAUGCAACCAUAAUAUGUUUCUCUACUUUUUAAAGAGAAGGUUUUCAGUCAAAAGUCAUCUGAAACAUAAAGACUAUGGGCUGCAAAUGAGAAUUGCUAAAACUAUCAACAAAAGCCUGAUGCCCUCUUGAGAUUUCUUUAAAUUAGCUUACAAAAUAUUUGUAAUGCAAAUUAAAGUACCUGUCGUCCCAUGCCUGAAAACCUCCAGGAAAAAUGGCUCACAGAUUGUGUGUUGUAUGGUUUGGACAUAACAUUGGUAGAAUUGUACCUGCGUAAUCAAUCCCAGAGAGUGACUACAUUGUGGCAUUUGUGGCAUUUCGUUUCUCUUCCUCUUUGGUAAAAUUCAAUGAUAGAAUAAACAAGGUGCCAAUGGAUGACUCUUACAACUUUCUUAGUUUCAACAUUAACAUCUCUGCACCAACAAAUCCCGAGAACAAAGCGGAAGUAUCAAAUUCUUUUCAAUACUUGAAAGCCAAAAAUCAUCAAAAAAUGUAUACAAGCAACUUAUAGCGAAUGUGAGGGAAAAACCAACACCUUGCACAUGUAUGGACAAGUGGUACAGCGAUAUCUGCUCAAGUGACAAAAAUGUCAACUGUAGAAACGUUUUUCAAGUACCAACCACUUGCAGAAAAGCUCGAAUAAUAAUAACCUGAUUGAUUUCAAUUUUUAAAUUUUUACAUGUUUACCAACUAACAGCUAUCUACAAAAAGUAAAAUAGGGAUAAGAGAGGUAAACUGUACAUUUGUUGGAAAUGCCAAAAAAGUAAAGCUUUUUGGGAUAAUAUUUCGACAUGGCUUAUGCCGUGUCAGAUAGUUCAACCAGAUGAGUACUUAGACAUAUCACUUUAGGUUAGACACUAGGCAACUCAUUGAUCUAAUAAAGCUAUGUACUGUCUUUAAUUAGAUAAAGUGUGACGAGGUUGACACUUCAGAUGAGGAAGAGGAUGAGGAAAUUAUACAUUUAAAAGAAAAGCUUGAGAGGAAAAGACAAGAGAAAAAGCAAGGAAGACUGACAAUACAACAACCUGCCUUCAGUGAUGAUACAACACACUCAACCACCUCAGAACCAAGUACUACAACAACUUCCUCAAGUGAGUCUGAAGAGGUUAUGGUCAAGGGGAAGGGCAGCAAUAUAGUGUCUUUAUUUAUUUAUUUAUUUAUUUAUUUAUCUACCAAAACUGCAACCCCUCAUGUAGAGGAUUAUCAUGAUCAGCCAGUGUUUUGAAUCCCAACCUUUUUCUUUUUUCCAAACGUUAAUUAAAGUAUAUGCCGCAUUAUACUGUGUUGACUCCAUUUUGUUCAUUGAAAUUAGCAUAUUAGCUUAUAAAUGUCCUGGAAACUGGUAUAAAAAUAUUCCACUUUGCCAAGCUGGUUUUGUGAUCGUUUUCUACAGAUCUUGAACAAAGCAGGUAGGACUGUCCAUCUACCGUCUUAUAGUAAGCAGACUUGAGUUAAAUGAUGUUGUUAACGUCAAUAUUAGCAUAGACUGCAAAAGCUGUAAAGAAUUCACUGUUUUGGUUUGGUGGCCGGUAUGUAGUUCCUACCAGGAAAUAACUGAAACAAAGUGAAAAGCAAAGCCAACUUGAAAAGUGCUUGGCAUUGCUUUGAAAUAACUGUCCUUGACACUGGCCACACAACUCUAAUAUGGCCUUUUGGUUUGUUAGUUACAGCUGGUUUCAUAACAUCUUUCAAGCUUUUUUCUUGUUUCAGUCAUUGUCAUGGACAGUGUUAUGACCAGGUUCUCUGAGAAUGCGAUUGGUUUGAAAUCUGCUUUUUGUUGCGUUUAAGAAUCUUUGUGUGAUAGUGAAGAUGAACUUAGUCAAGACUGGGAGGAGAUUAGUUCCACAAAUGAAGAGCUUCAAGAAUAUGGUGAUUACUUGUAUACAUCAACUGUUACACUGGUGUCAUCAAAAAUGGAUCUCGCUUCAACAGAAUCUGUAGACAACUUGGAGACAAAGCAUUCUACACAGUUGUCAGCAGAGACUGUUGCCAAAAAUCUUCUCCAAAAGUUUGCCAAUAGGAAGCAUCCCGUCGCAAAUGAAUUGCAAUGGUUGGUUUCAUAUCAAGAUGCUCCACAAUCUCUACUUCCUCUGCCAGAAACUGUUGCUGUUGCACCAGAUGAUGUUCCACAAGUUGAACUACUAAUGAAGAAUCCUUUAACCAGGCAGAACUCAUUACCGGUAACUUGAUAUAGCUAGAGUGCAAUUAUGUACUACUAGAGUGCAAUAUGUACUACUGGCAAUCUAGUAACCAUUAGAUCUUCAGCAACUGUUACCAUCCAUGACAAAUUACUGAUGGUUGUUUAUUUCACACUGAUUUUUUUACAUGCUUUUCAGAAGAGGGACCAAACUUUGCUUCUUCUUGUGUUUUUUUUUUUAUAUUGGUAAAUCUUCAACCCAAUAAUUAUUCUACUUUUGAAUCAAGGCUUGUUUUGACUUUUCAGUUCCUUUACUGAAGAGCAUGAUAUUGAGAUAAGUAAUGAACCUAAUACUUAGUAAUGCUUGUUAAAACAAAUUAAUGUGUCCUGAGCCUAUUUAUAUGCGUGUUGGUUUUUUUUGAAUCGCGUCUUUCAGCAGGAACAAUAAAAAAUUUCUAAUAAAAAAUAGUGGAACUUUAAGAAAAUGUUAUUUAUUUUCUUGUAGGUAUAAAAACGUUUGAGAUAUCGGAAUUCUUUUUAAACCGCAUUUUGACAAAAAAUGUAAUUAACUUCGAAAUCCUACGACAGAUUUUUCCCCAGCGUCAGCAAAUAAGCCUCAGAGCUCUCUAGUUUCAUAUCUGAAAGUUUGAAGUCAAUCGUGACCAUACCACUCACUGCACAAAAUGCUGGUCAAAUUCAACCUUAAAAUGCUACGCUAACACAUUUGUGAAAGUUGACGCACAAAUAGAGGAAGAGUGCCGACAGACGAUCUCCUAUCUGAAACAGGAACUUUCAGUGCUAAAAACUGGUAGGAGGUUUCCGUAGAUGCUAUAUUUUGUUUUGCUGAGAUUUUUUUCAAAAAGAAAAGGGCAAAUACAGUAAGGGGCUAGUUAAAGAUGCGGCGGCGACGAGAAAGUCAAAUAAGCAAUAGCUUGACGAGGCAAAACAACAACUUUGCACGUGCAUCACACUUUUUUGUACAUUUCUUUCCCGUAAACUGCACGACUACCCGUGAAAAUGCCUAAUUUCGUGGAUUGUGAAGGACGUAAACAAGCAAUGACAAAAUUCAUUCUCUUCACUUGGAUAUGGUUGAUAGAAAUUAAGCUCCAGAAGAGUUCGCUUUCAUUCAUCGGACAAAGUAAGCGAGUUGGAAUAAUCACGAUAUAAACUGAAAAAUGUGAAUUCCCUUUUCCAUGCAACGUUUUCGUGGUUGUCAGCCGUCUUGGUAUCUUUUAAAAACUCCCUAAUUAAUAUUUACGCAAGAUGUGACCGAUGUAAGCGUGAAUACCUGUUGUAAGCUCAAGCUUGUAUUUUUGGAAAAGUGUCUUUAGUUUUCGGGCAGACAGUAUUUUGAAAUCAGAUGGGGAUUUUAUAUCAAACUGAAAGUUUCCUGACUGCGUGCAUUUCUUGGUGCAUGAGCCAGACAAUCCGUGAUCGAAACAAUAGCCGUCGUGUACGAACUCACGAAAGGAACUCAGGAGAAACUGUUCGCCGACUGGGCACAAUAAUACAAAGCAUUUUUUGUGCCCAAUCAGGAGCCGGCAUCCGCUUGAUUAUUUGGAAAUAGCUCGGUGAGAGUCAGUACCCAGGGGCUUUUUUGCCCUUACUUGAAAACUUUCGUCCCGCCUUCCCAAGAAUGGGAAAACAAAACAUACACUCGCAACACAGGUCUAUUUCACUGCCUGAAAAGGCAAUUGUAAUCGAAAAUGUGAAGUUAAAAACACUCGCUUGCACUCUGCUGAUGAAAAUUCAUAGAGAGCACCACGUUAACGAUAUUGUUUGUACAUAUUUUAUUGCAGUGUCGUAUUCGUGGAAAUUCAGAGUGGGCUCCUCCGAGGGCACAAAUUAUAUUUCAUGCCCAUAAGCCUCCCAGGUGUGUAUGCAUGUUCUUCUGUACAAUCGCUGAAAAUCAGUACAUGUAACUGUACUAUUCUUUUGUUAGUCUCUUACUUGUGUUUGUAUCUUGUUCUGUCCAAACCCUAAAUAUAACCCCACUUGGUUUAUUUUAUACUCUUAAGCCUCCCAGAUGUGUGCAUCCUCUACUGUCCUAGCCCUGAAUAUCACCCCAUUUAUCUGUUUUACAUUUUCUUUUAAGCUUCCCAGGUGUGUAUUUCCUCUGUGUAUUGUGAAACCCUGAACAUCACUCUGUAAUCAUGGUGCAGCCCCGUAUCCAUAAACUUAUCACUUCAUGUCAGAUAUCAAAGGCAAUGUUGGAUCCUUUUUCACAACCCAUUUUCUGCUUUCAUGCAGUAAAGGUAUAACCUGCAUGUAACUAUAUUGCUAACAUUCUUUUUAAGUUCACAUGUCGUUCGGUAUCUCAAAAUGAAGAUAACGUGUUGAUAAAAAAUAUAUUAUUGGUGUUCAGAAGGAAAACAGUGAUGGCCCAACAGAACUUCAGGUGUGCAGGUUGUGGUAUGGCUGUUGCUCCAGGUAAACAUAUUUUUUUCUUCUUUUUUGUACAUUUUGUUUUUAAUGUAGUCGCCCUGACUACAUUAGCCAUUGCCACAGUUUAUAUUUAUCUAGAAUACUGGUAAAAAAAAUUGUAGUUUGGGUGAGGCCUUUAACUGCCAUAAAUUUGAAAUUAAAAGUUUUACCCUUUAGCCCUGAGUGGUUAAUUCAUUUACUUGUGAUCUUACCAGAUGAGACGUGGAGUAUCGGUACAUAUUAACAUCUUUUGAUGUCAGCCUUCUUGCAAACCAAAUGGUUCUAUUUUGUGAAAUUAAAAUAUUGCAGGCUUCGGCAGAAAUUGCGGGAUAUGACGUGAUCGGGGUAGUUAUACCCUUAAAGGACCAGGAAUCCGCAAACCUUGUUAAGACUCAGUUGAAAGACCGAAGUCUAAAGUUCCAUAAUACAGUCCAACCCGUAUUUGUGAGUAAGAAAAUUGGCCAGGACCUCCACGAAUGUGAGACGAAACCACAACUGGUUAAUCAACAGUGCGUAGUCCACCAGUUUCAAUGUAACCUGUGCGAUACAGGUAGCUUUGUUGGUUAUACUCGUGGGCAUGUUCUUACACGUGUGGAUGGUUACAAAAGUAAAUCAUCUUCUUUGCGCAAACAAUGUGAUAAAGACCACACGGGCACCGCCCCUGAGGACCUCCGCAGCUGCUUUAGGCCUGGGACAAACAUCGAAUCUUAGUCGAACUUAAUUCGUCGAACCUAUUAAUUUUGAAAUGGGCGCAUGAAUAGGGCAACGUUUGCCACAAUUAAGUUCGACUCAAAUUAAUUGGUUCCACUCCAGCAUAAGUUCGACUUCCCAAGUCGGAUACUUAGACAGUAGGUUGGCGUUUCAGCAAACGUUCUAAACACGCGCUAAACUCAAUUCAUAAAUCAUUCAAAUUUGAUGGACUGUGCAAACGUCACAAAAAUACCGACUCCCACAUCUGCCAAACGUGAUUGUCCCCCUCCAUGACGAGCAUGCGCUGUACAAAGACCGUUUCGCGACCGGGAAAGGCGAGCUAUCAAAAGUCAUUGCUGAUAUCGCACAGCGUGAUGGAAAUGUGUUUUUCGUAUUUCAUGAACACUAAAUGUAAAUGCUUGAGAUGCGAAUUGCCUAUUUACAAUGAAUGUUCAGUGUUUGAAGAAAACGAGCUGUCGUCUCUGAUACACUGUUCUCAGAGCUGAAUGUAAUGCUAGAUUUCUCGUACUAUUUUUCGCAAUUAAUUGCCAAAGAAAGGCCCGGCAAUUUGCUAGCAAGUCCUAGCAGUACGUAGCUGCGCAUCGAGUGAAUAGCACAGGGACACUUGCUUAUUCCUAUGUUUUAAUGAAGUGCAACUUGUAAAAAAGGAUCAACUUAGGUUCAACGUUUGUUACCACGCGGGAAUUUAGUAGACUCUUUGUCGAACCUAUUGAGUGUUUUCACAUGACGUCAUGGCAGCCAUGUUUGUGUCCCAAAAAAAUGAAACGGUGGCCAUGUUUUUGUCCCAAACCAGUCCUGUGGGAGUUGAACUCUUUUCUUAUGUAAACGCUUUCUUUUGUUCCAAUAAAUUUGCAUAGAUGCUGCCCACGUGAGUGAAAACACAGAUUUUUUAAUUUAUUCGACAUGACUCGACGUUUGCCCCAGACCUUAGAGUGCUGAAAAAAUGCAGGAACAAAUUUGAUUGUCUCAUUAAGGAAAUACUUUACAUCAAACAAGUACGACCGCCUUUGAACGUGCAAACAGAUUCAAUCCUUGUUAAAGUCUUUAGAGUUUUAAAAUCGCAUUUAUUUCCACUCCUUGAUAAUGACGUCAUGAUGUUGCCGAUACGUCGGAACAUUAUUUUUUAAAAUAUAAAUGAAGGGAAAAGUGUGGAAACCCAUUUGUGAAAUAAAUAGGAGUGACUUACUCAAAAGGACUUACUGUACACUUUACAGAGCUAAAACGAGAAUAGCUGCGUUUCAUCAUUGGUUAAAAAUUUGCGCGGGAAGCCAAAGAAUUUUUAAGCGGCGAUAAAGCAUUGGUUAAACAUACUGAGUAUUAAAGAGUUUCUGAACGUUUCGUCAAGCAUGCUUUCCUUCAGAUAAAUUUUCAGGCAAAAAAUCAUUCUUAGUGAAGGUUAUUUGUAUGUUAAUUUUCUUUCUCUUCUUAUGCAGAUUACAUAAAGCGGUUUCGAUAUUGCCACUACUUAGGAAAAUACUUCUGCAGCAGUUGUCACAACAACUAUUUAGAAGUAAUUCCAGCUAAAAUAGUCAGGAAGUGGGAUUUUACCAAGUAUCCUUUACCUUUGUCAAAUGCUGUAACCUGUUUAAUGCUACUCUUAUAUUCUUUUCUGUUACAACAGACUAUUUUUAAAUGCAUUUAGUUUGAUUAUGGUUUGACCUGAGGCAACCUAAGGCCCUUAAAGCGACUUUUUUUAAAUAUCUGAAGCCCGCUCAACGUUGCCUUGAACCAUCUAAUACCUUAACAGUGUUUUAGACUAGACCGGUAUUUUUAUGAAUAGAUUUCAAGGUUGGACCUGUGUGUUCUCUCUUGCAGAAAGCAAAGUACCAGAGUAGAAUUUCUAUCUAUUUUUUUAUUGUUGCCCUCUUUUGUUGUUGUUAGAUAUUUUCCCCUAACAUUUCAUCAGGUAUGAAGUUUCAAAUUUUGCAAGAGAAUUGCUUCAAAAAAUACACUAUGAUCCACUGUUUGACAUCCAAGAUCUGAAUCCAUCUUUAUAUAAACGGUUUCGUGUCCUGGAGGGAUUAAAGGUAUCCAUCAUCCUAUUGUUACUGAAAGAAAUAAUACUCCUUAUUCUAAACUCGUGUUAAUAAUGCUUUUCUUUUAGCUCUCUGGGAAGAAUGUUUGCGUUAUAACGAGGGCUUGAGAGCCCCAUUAACCUAAAGAUAAGGAAUGAAUAAAUUUGCCACCAUUUUGGAAUAAGGUAUAUGGCUUACCGGCAGGAAUCAAAGAGGUUAAAAUGUUAAUUAUUAGUGCCAAGUAUUAUCACCUGGUGGGAGGAAAAGUAAAAUAAAAAUCAAUUUCGAACAGCUCUUUACACCACUUAUUUGUGAUAACGUUUUUUUAUUUUGCUCGCCCCAUUAACCUUAAAAGGAAAGGAAGGAAUAGGUUUAUCUAACAAAGCAAAUUCACAGCAAAUUUGAAAGGAUGGUAGAGAACAAGAUUGAGGUAUAAACUCACCGUAACCAAUGAAUAAGGAAGUCUGGGUGGAGAGCUUGGGACAUGCGUUUUCUUUUUUUCAAUAUUAUUAUUACUUCGGCGGAGCGCGAAGUAAAGGAUUCGCGACGCUCAGGAAUGUAUCAAAGUUGCCAUUUUUUGACACUAUUGGGCACCCAAAGUCUGUAGGUUUUCGGUUUUAAUCGGCUAUUUGACGAAGUGAGAGCCGAAUUAGUUCGAGAUAUCUCGAGAUCACUUCGAUUUCUUCGAUUUAUUCUUUAACUUUUUCGAGGAAGGAAGAAUUAUUAUUUUGGCUUUCCCGGGGUUUGAACCGACUCACCUGUGUGACCCGUCAGAUCAAAGGAGACUCUAAGUUGAGAGAUUAGCCGAUUGCGCUACUGCGACCCAGGGUAAUUCGGGAUAUGAAAAACAGUUAUGAAAUGAUGCACUAGUUUCGGGACAAGAUUGUGCGUGCAAGUUCGUGACUUUUCGGCUUGUUUCGGCUAUUUCACGAAAUGAGACCGGACUACUUCGUGAUAUCUUGAGAUCACUUCGAGUUUAGUCUUUAAUUUACUCGAGGAAUAAAUAGAGGAUAUUACGUGGCCGCGCAGAGACACGAAAUUUCUCUUCGAGUGUUGAAAAACAUUUCACGAGUGAGCCCUCCUUUCGAACUGCUGCACAAAGACAUUUUGUCUUUGUUGAGUGUAAAAUUGCUUUCAUGCUUGCGUGACUUUCUCGAACGUUCUACAUUUCACAUUUACAUUUCAGCAUGAGUCAGCAGAUUUGCAUCAGUUUCUGAAAUCAUAACUAUGUCGAAAAGCUACGACUAUUCGCCUGUUUAGUAUUUUCUUGAACCUUAUGUCAAACGGUAUACAAGUUCCAAGCGAGUUCUUUUGACGAACUAAGUUUUUUCCCACGCGCUGGACUGCUGUGUUUAGUCAAGUGAGACGAAGGUCGAUUUUCACGUUCUGUGUUCACAAGUCGGCGGAAGCCGUAAGAUACCUGAAGUUCGAGUGAGAGUUUGUUAUUAUUGGCAGAGGCUAUGUGGUUUUACUUAAGCGCAAGUCAAGUUUGUGUUGGCGGUUGCUGUGUUUUAAAGCUCUGUAAAGGCUAUGUUCCUUUGGUAUUAACCUUCCUUGUGUUAAUCCGACAUCCCUGCGUGCUGAUAGUCAGUGAAUAAUUAUCCUCAAAACAUUCGAACUCGUAACAUUGAGUUUUAGCCAAUUCCAUGCUCAAUGUAAUUGACUCCUUACCCAUGCCUUACAUAUCUUUAAUCAGUACAUGAGACUGCUAUGCUGUUUUUGAAGCCUGAUGUGACUAAGACUGUGUGACUGUUUGUUUUGUUAGACUUGUUAUUCACCGCCAGUAACCUCGUAUUUGACUUAGGUCUAAACGUGGAGACCCAAGUCAAAUUUAGAAGGAUUUGUAUGGAGUCUUCAGAGCAUAACUGGGCUAGUAUCUCAGAAAUCUCUUGUCCCGAAAUGCUAGUUUUUGGCAAAUAGGCCUCUUGGAUGUUGCUCUUCUCAGAAUAUCCUGAAAAAUUCCAUAAUUUCACAAAUUAACACCUUACUCUUACCAUAUUUCAUUUCUUACUAUUCCUCCGCAUUUAUAAUUAGAUCAGUUCCACAACCACGCCGCCGAAGUGUACGCUCCGUAGCGUCUUGUUAACUAUUGCAAAGUAGGUGUGUAGCAUGCGUGUAACCCCUUUAGUCACAGUCUUGACAGAUAAAAUUGUGACAGAGUCAUGAACGUGGAAGCGGAACUAUAUAAUAAACAAGACUACAGUCGAAACUCUCCAUGCGAUCACUCUCUUGCUUUAAAUAACUACCGUGAUUUGGGGGAGGGAGAACACGUUAUUAACUAAGCUUAUAUUGAUCUGUAGACUUUGCAGUCAAUUGUAUCUUAUCAAAGGCUCGUCCUGCAAUAAGCUGAAAUCAAGCCACUUGGUAAAUAGAUUUUCGAUGGGCAAGGCAAAUUGAAAAGUCUAGCUUGCAUCUAGCUAGUACAGAAAGUCAAGAACCAAGAACGAGAAGUCCAAAGACUACUGCAAAGCUGAUUUAAGACAACGUGUAUUGUUUUUUAUAACAAUAUUUCGGCUAGCCAUACCAGCCUUCUUCAGGUUUACAGAUGUUACUGAACUUAUGUAGCAAUCACAAUCUUAUAUAAGUGGAGAAUGUCGCAAUAAAAAUUGUUUAAAAGGGAGAGGCGGAAAUGACGUACGACACAAAAACUGGAAAGGAAAAAUACUGAAGAGAUGGAUUACAAUAAUUCGUCACGGCGGUUUAGGCCAUGAGGUUCAAUGGUCAUGGCCUUAUCUAUCAAAUGCGACUCCCUGGCUUUACGAACUGAGUCACGUGAAGAGUGAAUUUUCUCUAGUGGGAUUAACUGCAUGCCAGUAUGAGAAUGGUUAGAGUGAGAGAGAAAGUGUGCAGAAACAGUAGUGGGUUUUAAUUUAAUGUUAGUUUUGUCGACCGCACGUCUGUGUUCGUUAAAUCUGUUCUUGAGACGUCGCUUAGUUUCACCUAUAUAUUGUAAAUUACAACGGUUACAUUGAACCAUGUAGAUCACGUUUUUAGUGUUACAAGUAAUGUGUGAAGUGAUUGAGCGUGUUUCACCUGAAGCGUAAAAGGUAUUACUUGUGAGGCCGUUAGUAAUAUAUGGACAAGUGGCACAAUUUUGUCCACAGCGGAAGGAGCCUGGUGGAAAAUGAUUGUUGGAGAUAACGGGUAAUUGUGCUUUAACUAAAAUGUCACGAAGAUUAGGGCUACGUAUCUAAGCAACAAAAGGCGGUUGCUUAUUAAAGACGUCUUUGCAUCGGUUAGAAGAGUGUAAGGUGUUAAAAUGUUUGCGUAGGAUAUUAGAAAUGCGUGGAAGUGCUGGGUUAUAUGUGGCAACAAAUGGUACAACAUGGUCAGAAGCUUUAGGUUUAGUCUGUAACGCGUUAAUACGUGAAAUAUUAGCAACGCGUAGGAACUCUUCUUCUAGGAAAUUAUAAUUAUAACCACGAGCAAGGAGAUAUGUUUUAAGUUCAUUGAUGCGAUGUUUAAACUUAGCCUCUGUAGAGCAGGUACGGCGGAGGCGGAGGGCUAAGCUGAACGGAAUGGCUUUCUUAGUGUGGUGAGGAUAGCAUGAUGAGCUGAGAAGGUGCUGAUGUUUAUCCGUGGGUUUAGUAAAUAGAUCAGUUUCAAUUAUACCGUUAUGUAGAGACACCAUGACGUCGAGAAGGGGAACGUUAGUAAGUGAGUGAGAGCUAGUGAACUUAAUAGUGGGACGAAUGUUAUUGAGAUAAUCGACGAAUAUUUUCAAACGAUCCGAACCUUCUGUCCAGAUCAUGAAAAUACCCUCGAUAUAUCUCCACCAUGUGUGAGGCUGCCAAGGGGCGUUAGUGAGAGCGUUGGUUUCGAACAUACCAAGAAAAAGGUUAGCAAAAGAAGGAGCCAUUUUAGUACCCAUGGCAGUACCAUGGAUUUGAAGAUAAUGCUGUUGGUUAAAUGUGAAAUUAUUCAUGGUGAGAAUCAUGCGUAAGAGGUCACAUAGUGUCUCUGUGGGGAUGUGUUUGUUAGGGCGGGUAUCAAGAAAAUGACGGCAUGCAUCAAUUCCUUGAUUGUGUGGAAUGUUGGUGUAAAGCGAUGACACAUCAAGAGUUACAAGAAUAGCGUUGUUAGGUAGGUUACCGAGGUUCGAAAGUUUAUUAAGGAAGUCAGUAGUGUCCUUAAUGUGUGAAUCCAUGAUAGAGACGAGAGGGUUAAUGUGGUAUUAAACAAAUUGUGAGAUGCGUUCAGUAGGGUGGCUGUUAGAUGAAACUAUGGGGCGUCCAGGAUUUCCCGUUUUAUGUAUUUUAGGUAGUAUGUAAAAACGUCCUGGUUUCACGUUUGUUUGUACUAGGUACUUUUUAGUCUUUUCGUCAGUGUAACCGUCGUUAAACAUACGUUCAAUGUCAACCGUAACACGCUGUUGAAUAGUGUCAGUAAUGUCCCCGUGUUGUUGUCUGUAGAAUUUAGUGUCAUUUAACGGUCGGUUGUAUUCGUCUAUGUACCACGAUUUGUCCAUAACAACCGUUCCCAAGCCUUUGUCAGCUGGUUUGAUUAUUAUUUCUCGUCGUUUCUUGAGGUUGCGUAAUGUUUGUCGUUCAUCUUUGGUCAAGUUGUCAGUGAUGUGAUUACGGUUAACUGUAAGGAUGUCAUGUUUAAUGGCGUCUACGUACGUGUUAAGUGCAGGGUCUCGAUCAGUAGGAGGCGUCCAUGAGCUUUUGUUAUGAAAUGGAUUGUGUUCGUUAGGUUUAGUGCUGUUAUUGUGAUCAUGAAAAUAUUCUUUUAAACGCAUGCGUCGCGUGAAAUCGUUAAUAUCAGCUGAUAAUUCUGCCAAAUUAAUACGUUUAGGUGUGGUCCUCGCUCGCGGCUUAACCUUUUGCCCCUCAUUUCCACCUCUCCCUUGUAAACAAUUUUUAUUGCGACAUUCUCCAUUUAUAUAAUAUUGUGAUUGCUACAUAAGUUCAGUAACAUCUGUAAACCUGAAGAAGGCUGGUGUGGCCAGCCGAAAUAUUGUUGUAAAAAACUGAUUAGAUCUCUUUUCUAGAGAUCCAACGUUUACAACUAGCAGGAUCUUUGUCCACGGUUUUUGCAGUUAAUUUAAUCCUUUAUUACAGAAAGUUACGCGUUUUUAUGAAUCGAACAUUGUUCUGUUUACUUCGAAACUUUACAUUCACUUGAUUUUUGCGGGAACGUGAGAUGAACCUUAAAAUCAAGAAUGUGGCCAGAUUUUUCUAAAAACCGGUAUAAGUUUACAACAACACCAAAAGCUUUAUUUGCAUGACCAUAAAGGAAUUACAGUAUUGCAAAAGCUAUUAGUCUAAAUUUAAGUACUAAUUCAACUAAUUAGUGCGUGCAAAACAUUACAAAAUGUUGCAGUUCUCAUUCAUUCAUUCAUUGAUAUUAAUUUGGUUCUUAAUUCAAAGCAUUGCGAGAUAAAUGAAACUAAUUGACAGUUAAUUAAAUAAUCAGAAGAAUUCAUAAGAAGAGAUAUUAAAGUAUCGUGUGAAAGCGAUUUGAAGUCAGGUAUUUUAGUUUCUAGUUUGGAGAAAAAUAUGUCUCUGAUCUGAGAAUAAGCCUUACAAUCUAGUAAGAAAUGAUUUUCAUCUUCGAUUUUGUUACUUGUACAAAAGUGACAUAUCCUUUCAUGGGGAGGAAUGUUUUCGUAUCUACCUGUUUCAAUUCUAAGUUGAUGACUACUUAUUCUAAAUCUAACUAAUGCUUUUCUCGAAGGGUUUUUUCUUGUUUAAAAGUUUAAAACUGCCGUUGACCACCCCCUGCGUCAGACUCGCUUUUACUCGCUCUCGUUAAAGGUAAUCCCUAGUUUCCAUGUUUCCAAUCGCCCUUGGAUACCCUUAGUUGCCUACACAAAGUAAUUUCCUAUAUUGAUUGAGUGCUGACUAUAGUGAUUAGAUAGUACUGUGACCGGAAUCCUUCAGGGGUUAGCUGUCUUGGCAAUUUAGGGCUUUUGUUAUUCAAACCUCGCUGGGAGUGCCAAAUUUACAGAUGGAAAGAAAAAUGAAAGGAUCCUGUCUGUGGUAGUAAAUUGACGUCAUUCUGCAAAUGGCCGACACUGGUUAGGGUUAAGCAUCGAAAAUAAUGAUUUGGGUUAUGCACAGACCAUAAAUGGAGUGAGUAAUUAGCUUAUUUACUUUGUACUUCCAAGUAUCUGCAUUUAAUUUGUUGAGAUGAGGCAACCAAACUGUGUUGACUAUUCGGUUUUCAACCACUUUUCAUUUACCAUAGUGUAUUUAGUUGCAAUUAUGAAUCAUGAAAUAUAAGUUUAAUUUUUUAAGUCCUGAAAGCUUUCAGUUGACAGUACACGUGUUCUCUGUACAAACACACUAAUACUCGCAGGAAAUGAAAGCACUGUAGUGAGGAGGACCUUAAGUUUAUGGACAAUCACUUGUAUCUUACCUAAGGUUCGUCUCGCACCAACCUGAGAUCAAGCUCUUUAUUUCUGCAUUGUUUAUUUAUGCACUGUUUCAUGUUCUCCGAAAAAUUUCAUUCACUUUAGAGAGUGCAAAUACCUUAAGUUUAUAGAUUAUAUAGACUUUGUAAUCACUUGUAUCUUACCUUAGUUUCGUCUCGCACUUACCUGAGAUCAAGCUCUUUAUUUCUGCGUUAUUUAUUUAUGCACUGUUUCAUGUUCUCCGAAAAAUUUCAUUCACUUUAACAUCGCAGGGACAUCAAAUAGAUCUUGAGCUCAAAAAUUUCACCCCUGACAGGAUUCAAUGAGUCUUUGUGGUGUUAUAACGUGGAGCCCAGAUUUGGUUGAAAUGGGCGUGUGUGAAAUUGUUUCUGUUCGUUUCUGUCAACUUCUUUGCCCUUGCUUCUCAGGUUCAAGUGCCAGUGGAUUCAGAAGAGAGUGACAAAGAUGGGCACUUGAGAGGAGCCCUUUUCUUUGGGGUCAUCGGACAAUGAUUUGGAACUGAGAUCUGUCUUCUGUAUCUUCUGUAAGCAUGUCCAUAUUUUCAUCUUCCAGUAGUUACAAUCGUCGCAGUACUUCAGCCUUGCACCAUUCCCUAUCACCUUCACCAUUUGGACGAAACAGUAUUUUGUACCCAUCCACUCUGUUUUUUGUCAUUUGACUUGGCAUUAUGCUGUCACUGAUGAUGCCAUUUUGUGAGCAAUGAACAUGACCUACUCGCUGAGGUAACAAGAGACGUCGAUGAGUUGGUGUCAUCAUUCAAGUACGUCGUACUUUAAUGGUGUGUGGCGAUACUCGAAUAGUCCUUCAAAUGGAUCUUUCUGCUGCAGCCUUCUUAAGAUUGCAUUUUUCCGUCUGUACCGCUCUUUCUGUUACUUCAUUUUAUCGAAGAUACUCUGGUGAGCUGGUUGUAUUGCAAAAUCCUCACUCUUCAGGGAAUUUCUUGAAUUCAUGGUUUUUGCAGAACAAUUAUCUGGUGCUGCUCCUCUGUGGUCCGUUGUCUCUGACACCUUUCUCUUUUAUUCCUGGUACAAGAGGCUGUGUUCUGGCAAAGUAGCUCUUUUUCAAAGUACUUUGAAUAAAGGUUAGUUACUAGCAGUGACGUUUGGCCAUCAUAUUCAAACAGGUCAAUCCUAUCUAGGUUAUCCUGGAAUUACAUGCUGAUGUAAAGUCUCCUCAGUUGUCGGUUGGUGAAUGCAUUGCACGUUGAACAGCAACUGAGACCAAGUGACUUGGGCAGUCGUUGAAGGCCAAACAUAAUUCCUGGCAAACAAAAGUGUUUGCUUUGCUCUUGUCCAAGUGUGCCUCAUGAAUUUCAUCUAACACUUCAUCUCUCGUGGUCUUGGGACUACAAUUCAGUCUCAUUUAAAAAACAUACCUUCCUCUACACUCAGCUGGCUCGUCCCUGCAGGUAAGGUCAAUAACUUGUUCUUUCUCUGAAGGCCAUUCUUUCAAGACAUACCUCAUCAGUACUCUUAAUGUCUCGUCAGUACUUGAGCUGUUCUUGAAUCACCUCAGGGUGCUGCUUUCAAAUCCAAAUUUCUCAACAAGAUUUACUCCUAUUAAGACCUAAAAUGACCUUCUCGUUUCCUGGGACCUAACGUACCUCAAGGUCAUACUUGAUGAGUUUCAGCAGCAUCCUCUGUAGUCUGGGUGGUGCCUCAUUCACUGGUUUGGAAAGAUUGACUCGAGCGGUUUGUGAUCUGUCUGGACAAUAACUUUGCGCCUGUACACCUGUGUGAAACUUUUGCGCUCCCCACACAAUAGUCAGCAGCUCUCUUUGAAUAUUAGCACACAUCUUUUCAGAGGCACUUGGGCUUGCCCCCUUGCAUGAUCACUCCAUUAGGGCCUGUGCUACUUGCAUAAAACAAAUGCUAACACCGGGGCACUAGUGAUGACAGACUUCAGUUUUCAAAAGCCACUAUUGUUUUCUCCCACACAAAUGCUUCAUUUCUCUGUUUAAGUUGUGAAAUUAGUUAUUACCCAUUGGUUUUUUUAUCCCUUCCAAAGAGUUUUCCCAUCUCGCUUGAGUAGAUUCCAGGAGUAGGGGAGUUUGCAAAAGGGCGCCUUGGAAAUCAAUAUCGACCCAAGGAGGUAUUGAAUGUUAAGACCAUUAAGCUUUCAUCAUCCACUGUUAGCUGCCAGUACCCACUGCGUGCAUCAAGGGAAAUGAAACUCUUAGCACCUGAAAGUCAGUUAGAAACCUCUAUAGUAACCAUUGGAUAGUGUGGUCUCUUGCGUGCUUUGUUGAGGUCUACACCAAACAGCAAAUCUCUUGGCUUAUACUCCUGUCCUACUCAACUUCUUAAAUACUCAAGCGAAGUCAUAUCUCCAGUUCUUUCAGACAUUCUCAAUACAUCUGUCUCUCUUAGGUCCUACCCCCAAAAACUUAAAAUGUUAAACAUUAUACCUAUCUUCAAAGCUGACGACGAGACCGACACUUCUAAUUAUAGGCCAAUUUCAUUAUUAUCAAAUUUCAAUAGAAUCUUCGAAAAAAUUAUGUACGACAGAAUGAGAGACUUUAUUGAAAAGCACAGCCUAUUAUAUUCGUCUCAAUAUGGUUUUCGUCAAGCUCACUCAACCCAACAUGCUAUUCUUGAUAUUGUAGAAACUAUACAAACCAAUAUGGACAAAAAACUCGUUUCAAGUGGUGUUUUUAUUGACUUAAAAAAAGCCUUUGACACUGUGAAUCAUACUAGUUUACUUGAUAAACUAAAUUAUUAUGGCUUCCGUGGAAUUGUCAAUCAAUGGUUUUCCUCUUAUUCAUCAAAUCGCACACAAACUACUGAAAUUGGCUCUCAUAUAUCUAGUAAACUAAAUAUCAAUUGCGGCGUACCCCAAGGAUCUGUCGUAGGUCCACUUUUCUUCUUGCUUUAUAUAAAUGACAUCCAAUAUUGUUCGAGCGAACUCCAAUUUUUCCUUUUUGCUAAUGACACUAACGCUCUUUAUGCUCAUAAAGAUUUAAAGACACUGGAACUAAAAGUAAAUGCAGAAUUACACAACUUGUAUAACUGACUGACUUCAAAAAAACUUUCUCUGAAUAUUAAAAAGUCAAAGUAUGUAAUUUUUCGUUCAUACCAAAAAAAACUCAACUAAGAUCCCCAGGUUAAUGUUUUUGACAAUGAAAGCAGUAAAAAGGUUACCCUUCAACGCAAGAACUUUAUUAAAUAUCUUGGACUGUUAGUCGAUGAAAAUCUAUCUUGGAAGACCCAUAUUCACUCUUUUGCAAACAAAAUAAGUAAAUCAAUUGGCUAAUUGCGAGAUUAAGACAUAUUUCCCCCACUUGCACCCUCCUGAAUAUUUAUCAUUCACUAAUUACACCUUAUCUAACUUACGGCCUUGUCUCUUGGGGCAACGCGUGUAAAACGUUCCUUGACCAAAUUCGUGUCCCUCAGAAACGCGCACUGUGUUUAAUAUAUUUUGCUGAAACAAACGACCACGCAAUACCUUUUUUUGUCAAUGCAAAAAUUCUACCUUUGCAGUCUCCAUAUUAUGAAUCCGUUUGUAGCCUUAUGUAUGAUGUAAAUAAAAACACUGCUCCGGAUAAUAUUUUGAAACUCUUCUCUCGAAUUUCUAGUGUUCAAACUUACAACACACGUGCCUCAACCUCUGAACAUUUUUAUACUAAAGAAUCUCGACUUUGGAAUGGGAUACCUCAAAUUCUUAAAGAAAGACCGAAAAAAAGCUUUUAAAUGAUCACUAAAAGCAAUGCUACUCGAUAUCCUUCAAACUGAAGACUCUUAUAUUGAUGUGGAUACGAUUAUUGUGAAAACGAAAAAGUAAUUCUCUUGUCCUUUAUUUUCAUUUUAUUUUAUUUUUAAAAUUUCACUUUAAUAUUGUCCUUGUAUUCAAGUAGAAUAGUAUUUAUUUACUGUAGAAUAUGUAUACUUAUAUGACGUCUAAUUUCUUUGUAUUUUUCUAGUUUGUAGUAAAUUAUGUAGCCUGGCCUGCCUCGAAUAGCCUCGCUAACUGCAGGCCAGUCCCAAUGUAUUUCUUUUUUUUUGUUAUAUUUCCAAAUUUAAAUAAAGUUAAAGUUUAAAGUUUCUCUAAAGUUAAAAGGUCUCUUGGGUCAUUAACAAUUCAAACAUUCUUUGAGGCUGGCGCGCAAGGGGUGUGUUCCUCUAUUUAUACUGAUCUAGGGUUGGUUCAGGGGGUUCAGUCGAACCCUCUCUGAAACUGGAAGAAAGGAAAAGAAGUAGAAAAAAGACUGUAAAAGUUUAAGGAUAAUUAAAAGUGACGUUGAAAUCCAAGACCUUUCGCGGUAUUCAUUGAACUUGUCAUCUCUCCUGGAACCUACUGGCCACUAUAGUAAUGAACAUUUAUUUCAGAAGCAUGCGAUUAAUUUGAGUUGGUGGAUGGCCAACAAGGCGAAGCAGAAUUGCAUAUGAAAAUAUCAUAAAUGAUUCAACCAGCGAUCAAUAUAUUUUUCCAACUUUCUUUGCCGUUAAAGAAAACUGAGGGAGACAAGAAGCUUCCCAAUUUUGCGUGUUGCCUGUCUAUAGUUCAUUGCUUUCUCCCCCGAAAGGAGUUUUGUCUAGGCGCAUUUCCUGCCGUGGUUAUUUCACAAUCAGCUGCUGAUCUGUAACUCAGGUCAAGUAGUAGAGAGGGUGUCAUUGGCUGUGCUGCCUUGAGGCGCUUUAAGUCUGUUUUUGUCAAGGGCGCAAUAACGUAUCUUUUAAGGCCAUUGCAAGCCGUUGCUAGGGAGAAGUUUUUAACCUGUAGCUUAAUAUAGUUAUUCGUAUAUGUGACGAAUUUUAAACAGUGGUCUCUAAGUGAUCGGUUGUUUCAGACUGUGACGUCAUCAGAACGCGCCCAUUGUCACAUGACCCAAUACAGAAAUUCGCAUUUUUGCUGAGUAACAUACAUUUCGGCUCAAAAUUUAAUCUCAUUAACAUCCUUAUGUAGAUAGCAAAAAAUUUAAGCAUGGAUGUUUUGUUUGAUUAAAGCUGAAGAAAUCGGAAUGAAGCGAGUGUUCACGAACCACACUUUUAGACACAACUUUCUGUUUUUUUGGAAUUUUUGCUAAACGCAUGCUUACCUUUCUUAAAAACUCGUGGGAACGUUGUUUAGAUAAUGUUCAAAUGGUUAUCAACUCUGGUUUUCCCACAGUAAAUUGUAGGAAAUGAUAGAAAUUCAGAUUGUUUAUCCACAUAUUUAAUAUACUAUCUUUUCUCUGGAAACACAAUACUUUUUUGCUGUUUAUUGCACUUUAUUAAAUAACAGUUGUGUAUUUAGGUAUAUAUUUAUAGAAAAACAACAAAGCAAAUAAGCGAAACAAACGAAAACAAAAAAAGAAAGAUCGAAAAAAGGUGCUGAGCAGGACUCGAACCAAGCACCGUCGGCUCGUUGCGACUUUACCUAAAACAUAUGUUUUCUAUGUUUUCGUAUCUCAAUUUCCGCUCUUAUUUUCAAGCUAACGGUCAAAACCACAUCCAUUUUUGGCUCAUACCGGUUCUUGAGAAUAGCAUGGCAUGAUAGUUUCUCACUUUCAGAUCACUUUCCAGCAAGCUGGAGUUUGUAUAUCCCCCAUGAUCUUGCGGAGUCAAAGAGCAAAUGCUCAUCUUCUCGUCAAUCAAAUCCCGACGUUAACCAUCGUCCUCAUCUGAAAGACUCCUUCAUGUUUUAAUUUUGGUAAGACCUCUAACUGUACUGUAGAAAAUUUGCCACAAAGAAAACUCUGUGUCUCAGCAGCAAACAAUGCACUCUUUCAUAAGAAUUUGAUCGCACGGAACUUCAGCGCGCGUCUGCUUCUUCAGAAGGCACUCUCGAAUUUGGACUAGCCUUGACCCGAUGUCCGUCUACUACGAGUGAGCGAGUGACUAAUUUGCAUAUCCUAGUCCCUGCAAUAACUCAUAGUCACUCGCGCGUCCCCACGAGUUAAAAAGGACUUAACUUUUUUCUGCUCGUGAAAAAUGCUUUUUAGUACUAUCACCGGAAGUUUCACGCAACACGCAUAGCCGGCUCACCAAACUGGCUAGAAUGCCUCAACGUGUUUCCCGAAAGAUUCAAAAGGUGGCCCAUAAAGCUCCAAUAAACGUUUUUAGCUAGUGUUCUCAAAGCUCCUAUAACUUUUGGACUUGAAAGAAAGUGAGUUGAACAUUUUUGACAAAAACGGAUGAAAACAGAACUUAGCUGUAAAAGUGGAUCUUGCAGAAUAGUUACCGAGAUCUCUAGCGCACAUUAACGCAGGAAAUCAUGUUUCACCCGCUUAACCACAGGUGUCCCAAGCUCGCGUUUCGAGUGUGGAAUGUAAAUUUGCUUUCUGACAAGAAAGUCGGUGUCGCAUUGCAGGUGGCCUUUGAGACAUUGUAUGAGAAAUAAAGUACUGAGUUUUGCAAACGCUAAAUAAUAUCAUUGUAUUUUACCUUUUCUUGAGUAUUUCAGUAUCCUCUAUUGAUAUCGAUGAACAUGUGUAUUAUAUAUAUAUAUAUAUAUAUAUAAUACACAUGUUCAUCGAUAUCAAUAGAGGAUACUGAAAUACGUAAAGAAACCUUUGCUGGUUCAAAUAGUUUUGCGCUAAAUUUAGUGAUUGCUCAAUGGUAUUCAUGUAACAACACACUCGUUUAAAAGAUUUUCAAUAGCACUGCUAUUAUUUUAUAAGACUGCACUUCAGCUAGAUGAAAUAUGAUCAAGAUUUCCCUUAGGACAAAGACAAAUGUCCAUAAUGUUAGCUGGUGUCCGUACUAAUCAGGAGUCAAUUUGAUAAAACUUUUACACGUGUAAUUUACAAGUGUAGCUAUUGUUUUAGAGUCUGAGAACAAUAGCUACAAUUGUAAAUUACAAGUGUGAAAAUUUUAUUAAAUUGACCCCAGGUAUCUGUAAGGGGGAAUUCGACCUUAAUAACCUUAAAGUUAUUAAAGAAAGAUUCAUAUUAUUUUGCGCGUCUCUUCCUGGGAGAGAAACCAGUGUAGAAUAACUUUACCUAGCACAAAGGAGAAAGAAGCCGUUGCGGAGUUUUGGCUGUUUUAAAGUUGCUUUUCUAAUGCUUGUUGUGCAUUUUUGACAGGAUAUCCGACAGCAGCUUCAUUUCUUUAAAACCUUCAUGCUGACAUGCCGUAAAGCCAACGAGUGAGUGAUAGUAUCAAUGUUAACAAUAAUAUUUUAUCAUUUGUAUUGCAAACUAGCGCUCGAAUGGUGACUCGCUCUGUGUUUGCAAAUGAAAUACAAUCCUUAUGAACAAUUUCUUAUUUUGGGACUGGUUAUGAUAAGCCAUUCUAAGUAUGUAUGGCAAAUAGACAAAAUAAUACUUAAAUGUUUAUAUUAAAUUGAAACACAGUUAUGGUAAAUAAUUCCACACUUGGGCUCUGGUAAAAAGGGUGCAAAUGAUUUCCUUGAUUGCAUUGGAGGUGGCAUUAUGUUAUCGGUUUCUUGUUUCUUGUUACGUGUAUGCGCAGAAGGGUCGAACUUAUAUCUGGGCCAGUGAUGUGGUCAUGUUACAGUUGUCAAUUGAUAACUGGUUUUGACAGCUGUCGUUUCAGCCUUAUAUGGGUGCUUGCUGUAAAAGUAGCAUGGUAUUUGCCAUGUUUAUCCAAGUAAGUAGGCUAUUUUACAUCGGCCUACAUGUAGAUGAUGCGCGGACUGACGGACAUACGGUCAUGUAACUACCAAUGAAAUUUCUCGCAUCCAUGGUGCAAGCUCCAUUGAAAAAAACACACACACUUAAGCAGAGAAUAACCUCUGGGUUCGUGAGAGGACAACCAGCCCAGUUUCAAAAUGUCAAUUUUCUUGUUCAUACACCUAUUCACAAAUGGCAGACACGCGGGAAAAAAACUUGUGACUAGUCAUGAAAUCGAGGCGUUGCAGGAUAAACAAAAAUUGCAAAGGAAGACUUUCAGCGAACUUGCAGAGCGUUAAACACGAAUUCCACCUUGUAAGAGAAGGUAACGCUUUAUAGGGCGUUAAUCGCUGGUUCUUGAAGGAGUAAAAGGAUCUUAAGGUUCCACAUCGAUUAAAUAUCAACCACACGGAGAGAAAUUUAUUUCAGAACAGAAAAUCGAAAACGCUAAAUUCACAUGAUUGCAAACGUCUAUUCAAGUCCUUGACACUCCCCCCCCCCCUCCCCCCCUGUUGACCAGAUUAUUAUUUGGCUGCCUAAUUCGAUCUGGUCAACAAACCCUUACAUACUAUUGAGAAACCUAAAAUCAAGGAUAAUUCGUGGCAAAGUUCAAAUUUCAUUAAGCCAGAUCCUUUAGCCAGGUUUUCCUUCUUCGGUCGGCCUCAACGGCGACUGUUUGUCUUGGACAGUUCCGUGUAGACACUGGUUGCUCAGUUCUCCCUUCAGUGCUAACUGGAUCAGGAUUCCGGCUUGAGCUCGCUUUGGUUUUGUGUUGGACAGGAACUUCGCACUGCAUCUCUAAAGGGUAAAUAAAGCCGCUGCACUGGGCGCCUGAGUUUCGUGCAUUUUCCUCCCUUGCUUCGGACUUGGACCAAAGCUCCCGUGGUACAACCGUCAGAUCCAACGAUGAGAUCUAAAAUCUUGGCAACACGCCAUUUUCCUCUCGGCUGAUCUUCUUCAUGCACAACAACUACAUCUCCAACAGAUACAGUUUUGAUAGUGUCAUUCUGAUUAAGGUAACGAUGGGAAUUUUGCAGCUUUAUGAGGUACUCAUUUCUCCAUCUUUUCCAAAAGUGGUUCAGAACGUUACUGAGGUGCUGCAUACAUCUGCAUAAUCAGGAGUGUCGCUGGUGUUGCUGUCUGGAAGGCUCAUUAGGCCUCACCCACAUAAGAGAUGCGACAGGGUAAGGGGUUCUUUAGUGUACUCACCUGACACGUAGGACAGAGAUCUAUAGUUAAGUUUCAUUUCCACUUCCAUGCUACUGUAAGCAAUUUUUCAUAGUUAAGGGUUGCACCGCCAAUAGUCUUCUUCAGACAUCUCUUAACAGAUCUUACAAGUCUUUUGAAUAUGCCACCCCACUAAGGGGCCUUUUCAGAUUAAACGUCCACUUCAUCCGUGCAUUGGCAAAGUAUUGUUUCACUCCCGGGUUGUUCAUCAGUUUCAUGAUUUCUCGCACUGCUGACUUGAAGGUUUUCCCAUUAUCAGACACCAUCAAACAGGGGGGGUGCUUCGAUGGGCAGGGAAUCUUCUGAGACUUCUCAAGAAUGCGGAAGCUGUAACGCUGGGUACGAGAUCCAAAUUAAUAGCUCUGGUAACACAACAAGUUUAGAGGCAGAUCCAUACUUUCUGCUGAGGGCCAGAAUGAUUUUUGACAUAGAGAGGUCCCGCAAAAUCAACUACAGUGUAGGGAAAUGGUGAGCAUUCCUUUACUCAAAAUUCUGGGAGGGGCGGGGGCGUUGUAGCUUGAUAUGGCCUUCCUUCAAGUUUACGGCAAAUCAUACACUUGUACAGUAGCUUUCUAACCAACUGUCUGCCCUGUAUGAUCCAAAAUCUUGCUCUUAGUUCUGUCAGAGUGGACUUCACACCACCAUGCAUAACUCGUUUAUGGCUGUCUUCGACAAUUAAGGAUGUGAUGUAGUGGUCUUUCUCCAACAAAAUGGGGUGCUUGACUGAAGUUGGUAGCUCCGCCUUGGCUAAGCGUCCAGUACAUCUCAUAAUGCCCUGAUGAUCGGUGAAGAUGCCAAACUGCUUCUUCCAAAUAUCGAACUAAGGAUUCUCGCUUAAAGACUUCUGUAAUCCAAAGAGUUUCUGCUACUGCAAUAUCUUGGUCCGUCGACUCGUCUGGUGAAAAGGUGUUCUUUUUCAGUAAUAACUUCAUGAUUGUUAGAAACGUUAGAACAAGGACAGUAACUCUUAUAAGUCUCUGCAGGUUGCUAUAGUCUUCUGCUCUCAUUAUCUGUGCUAUAACGCAGGAUUCAACUGCUGCAAGCUUUACGGAUGAUGUUUCUCUUUGGCACUUUGCCCUUUCCUCAGCUCUGAUUUCUGUAGAACAUUCUUCAGGUAUAUGUGUGCUGUCGAAAACGCUCGCACUGGUUUCCUUAAAAUUAGUUAACCACUUGGGGCCCUGCAACCACAGGGCACCCGGAGAGUUUUACAGGAUUCAAUCCUCUUGAGUGAAUAUUGGCCGGGUUAUCCUUUCCGUUACAGUAUCGCCAACUACUCGCUGUACCUAAUGUACUCAAAAUGCCGAGCGUAUCAAACACUUUUGAAGAUUACACAUUGUUAUAAAACCACCAAAUAAAAAAGAAACAUGAUAAAUUUUUUAUUAUGUUGAAGCAUAACCCUAUUAAUGUUCAUUCAAAGACUCCACAGCUCACAACCGGCUGGCCGUAUAGGUGAUUUUGGAAAUUCUUUUGGCGAUUUUGCUAAAAGCCCAUGCGUGUUUCGAUUGUCCUGAAUAUUGAAUGAGUGCAAUUUGUAUUUCAGAAUUGUGAAAUACUGCAUUGUGCCCGAGGGCUGUAUGAUAAAAGCAGCGCCUCAUAGUACUGUUUCACCUCAGAUGUGAUGUAUAAAAAGAAUAAAAGGUUGGUUUACACGCCCCCAGAUUUGUUAGCAAGAUUUUGUAAAGCAAACUUGUCGAACGCACAAAAUUCGGCCUGAUUUGUUUUCCAAGAAUUUGUUUUCCAGGCCUAAUCUACUGUGACAAGAGACUAUAAAGGGGAAAGAGAGGGCAUCCCCCAUAUACACCCUAUUCCAUAGGUAAUUCGUCUCGAGUUAUUUUUAGAAUCGGGAUAAAGUUACCUCGCGCGAGGCGUGGAUGUUUCGUGGAGGUUUCGCAUGACCAAACGCCGUGCAAAACAUGUCGGGCGAGAGGCAGUGAAAGCGUAAAAAGAUCGAGAGCAUUCCUGAAUAUUGAAGUGAAAUGAGUCGGCGCUCACCUGGGCAAAAGAAAUCGCUGGACACUUUGACAACCCGUGAAAUCAGUUUAACUCGAAGUUGUCGUAACCUCAGUGCUUUAGUAAAAUGAGAAAUUUCGCCGGUCUAUUGAAACCGGUCGUUCGUACAAUUUAGGGAGUUUAAGAUCCAACGACGCGGACGACAACAAGAACGUCAAAAAAACAAUAGGUUUAAUUAGCAAAACAACAAAUUCGCACGUGCAACACACUUUUUUGUUCAUUUCUUUCCCGUUUUUGCACGACUACGACGUGAAAAUGCCUAAUUUCGCGUUUUAUGGAGGACGUAAAUAAGCAACAACGAAAUUUUAUUUCUCUUUCUGAGCUUGAAUAUGGUCCCUUGAAAUUCAGCUUUAGGAGGGUUCACCUACAAUUGACAAAGUAAGUGGGUAGGAAUAAUCGCUAUACAGACUGAAAAAAAUAAACAUCAAACCAGAAAUUGCUAUCUUCAAACUGUAAAUUAUAAAUGAUCCUGAGAGAAUAUUCAGUGUGUUAGGGAUUUCCCUGCUCUAGUGUUAGCUCUAUACAAGAGAGGAAGGGCGAUUCUUUUUUAAUUUCGGUUUCGCUGACACAGCUUUCGCAGAAAUCUCGCUGUAGUCGUUUUCGUCGACAAAAGGAAUAGCAAAAUCGUUCUCCGCGUCUUCCCCCAUUUUGUUCUGCGUCAUUUCGUGAAGGACGCGUGGCUCUCAGCGUGGGUCAUCCACGCGGAACACAUUCGUGAUUCGCUAUGUGAUUGGCUGUUGUCUAAUCCCCCUUCAGAUCUGUGGUGUUAAAAAUAACUCGAGACGAAUUACCUAUGUAAUAGGGUGUAUGUGGGGAUGCCCUCUCUGUCCCCUUUAUAGUCUCUUGACUGUGAUCAAGAGCAAUUAUGGCUCUCAAAUGUGAUCGAAGAUGAUUGCUAUUUUUUGGGUGUACAUAUAAGGCUAUCAACUCGAUGUAAGAUUUGGUUCACUCUUAGACUGAUUGCAAAUUAUUUUUCUCUAAAAUCACUGAGCCUUUCCCUCAAAAGGCACAUGAAUGUGCUCCAGAGUUAAUUGAUUUGUGGAAUACAAGUUUAUUGUUUGAGUUAAAUCAUAAAUUUAUUAACUGGAGCGUCGCUUUUAGCCCUAGCUAAAUCUAUAUAUUGAUAUCGAAAUUGAACGUGUAAAUGAAGUUUUGUUUUUGGGAGUUAUACCUGAUGAUCACUUAUCAUGGAAAUCUCAAAUACAGAACGUAGCAAGAAAAGUCUCAAAAUCAGUAGGCAUUUACAAAUCAAGUUUCUGCCUUAAUAAGACCUCCUUAUGUACUCUCUAUUGUAGUUUAGUUUAUCCUUAUUUACAUUACCGUGCGAGCGCUUGGGGCUCAAUUUAUCAGUCAAAUCUUAAGCGUUUGAUUAAUCUUCAGAAACGGGUUAUUAGAAUAGUUUCCAGGAAUUCUUUUGAUGCACAUGCCAAUCCUGUUUUUGUAAGCUUAUGAAUUCUAAAAUUUGAAGAUAUUAUCAAACUCCAAAUAGGUAAAGUUAUGUACCUUUAUAAAAAUGGCUUUCUUCCUGACAGUUUCAAUGACAUGUUUUUGCUUAACUGUGACGUACAUUCAUAUAACACUAGAAGUAAGAAUUCCAUCCGUUUGCCGUACUGCAGGACAAAUGUAAGGAAAUUUUCACUUCGUUUUCAAAGGCCCAAAAUAUUUAAUUCUCUUAGCCCUGAAAUUCAGAAUGCCUCUAGUACUGCUUUGUUUAAUUCUAAACUUAAGUCAUUUUGUUUUUUGGUAUAAGCACACUAUAGGUCUCCUAAUGCUUGUUUGUAAAUUUUCGCCUCUUUCGCUUUUUUUCUCAUUUAUUCUUGCACUAUUUUUUCUCACCUUUUCUUUCUCGUUUUUGCACUUACACGUUCAGCCUUUUCUAUUUUUAUCCUACUUAAUGAUGAUUUUCUAUGUUCCAAACAAAUUGUGUGUACUUAGAGUUUGAUUGCCGAUGUCACCAUUGUAAUUAUCAAUCAGAUGACAUAAUUUUAAAGGGUAGUCCUAUACACAAGCCUUAUUGGCUUCCUUGGGCUCCAUUGCCUCAUCUGUUUUUUUUUUUUUUUUUUAAUUUAACAUGUAUAUUUUGUGUGUUUUGGCAAAAUUAUAAGAAAACAAUAAACAAUAAAUGUCACGAAUGAGCGGUCUCUGGCGGUCGAAUCUCAGUAAGCAGAUAGAAGACCUAGUCAGACAAUGGAAAACUUCCAUUAAGACGAAGACCAACCAUGCAGAGCCCAUGACCCUUUAAACAGUUACCCGAGCAUCCCUUCCAAAAAAGUAGGAGUAAGUAGUAGUAAAAAAUAGUAGUAAGCUAUCUUUUUGAAUGGAAAGGACAAGAAUUUGUCCUCGUGGUGGACUACUUCUAGCAAUAUUGUGAAAUCGAAGUACUUCAACGUCUACCUCUCAAGAAGUGAUCAAUCACCUAACAGUACUUUUAGCGCGCCAUGUAAUUCCAGGAACCAUAGUAUCCAAUAAUGGACCACAGUAUUUCUCAGCGGAAUUCGCCAAAUUUCCAAAAGUCUGGGGAUUCACAAACAUUACAAACAGUCCAAAAUACCCCCAAAACAACAGAAAAGCCGAACAUAUGGUACAGACGACUAUAUACCUCCUAACAAAAGUCAACGAUCCAUAUGAAACACUCCUCGCCUAGAGCCACUCCACUGGAAAACGGAUUCAGCUCGGCCGAUUUAUGUAUGGGAAGGAAACUACGCACCACACUAUCAACUACUGGCCAUCUAAACUGAUAUCACAAUAGCCUGAAUUAAACAAAAAUUGCGUGGAACAGAAGCCAAGACGAGGACUAAACAAACAGAAGAUUACAACUGAUGACAUGCAGUUAAAGAGCUGAGUAAUCUGUCACCAGGCGAUCAUGUUUACAUCCCUGAUCAUAAAGAGAACGCAGUGGUCAUAGCCAAGACACCUGACCCUCGUUCCUAUUACCUCGAAACCGACUGUAACUCAACUGUCUGAAGAAACAGACAGCCGCUCAGUCCAAAUCCUAAAGAAGUAAAGUGCUUAGCAGAAAAUCCUUUUACCGCUCCUCCUAAAGCUUCUAAAAAGGAUCAGCCACCUGUUCAGGCAGAGAAGAAAGAAGCUUUACAUCCUAUUCAGAAGUCUUCCAUUGCAGUUCCCAUAACCACUACUCGUUCGCAAAAAAAAUUAACCCUCUUAAGAGAUUAGGUUUUGAUAAAGACUGGAAGAACGGUUGAUAUUAGUGAUUUGCCACAAUGCCCAGAAAAAUGGUAAUAUCCUAUUUGUUCGUCAGGGUUGUCAGUUGAGUAGUUGAUAAGAAGCAGCGCACCAAAAUCACUAGUAAAAUCGUCAUCACUUAGCCUCCUUAAGUUCCUAAUGAAUUUGUACCGUGGUUUACGAACAUUCACACGCGCAUUGAUGCAGGCAAAAGGCGUGUUAUGGUUACUCAAAAUAGCGCUUAGAAUUAUAUUAGUGACAGUGGUGCAUUACAGUACACCUAGUUAGAAAUUAUAAUUAUGAUGGAUCAACAUUGGAGACAGUUCUGUUACAAACUGCUGAAGUCCGAAAAUCUCAAGUGUAGUUUUAUAUCGUGAGAAAAAUAAGCUGAAAAGUGCCAACACCGGUGAAGUUUGUAUCAUAGGUGAGUACAACCAUCCUUUACCAAAGUGUAUGUGACAUGACUCUGCAGUUCUCGAAGCUCAAGCCAAUUAGAUGCAGUAGCCAGUAGGUAUGAUGUGUUGUUGAUCACUGCAGGCAGAAGAAUACUGUGUUUGUUCCGCCGGGGUUGUUCUUGCCUAGUGCUCCUGGUCAGGUUGGCGAUAGCGCCAUAUGUACCAGGCAUACCUAAUAGAUGACAUCAAUGACAUCAAUGAAAUCAAUGAGUAAUCAAUAGGUAAUCGAUAGGUAAUCAGUUGAUUAGUCAUUGAUUAUUGCCGAUGAUCAAUGAGUAAUCAAUGACUAAUCGAUAGGCCACAAAAUUUUUGGUCAUCGAUUAGUCAUCGAUUGCAUCGAUUAGUCAUUGAUUGCAUUGUUUAGUCAUUAAUUUCAUCCAUUACUCAUCGAUACCAUCUCGUGGCUGCAAACGUAUUUGGCGAAGAAAAACAAAAUUAAAAAAACUUAAAUGUAAACAGGCGAAAGGCCAAAAAAUCGGAACUUGUACAAAUAUUCAAUACUCAAAUUGGCUAUGUAACUGCUUAUGACGGAUGUUUCCCUAAGCCGAAGCAGUUUUACUUUGCUGACAAACACCCACAAAAAAAAUCGAUAACCACGCAGUCGAUUCUUGUCAGCGUACUUGUUAGUUUGAUUUUCAGACUGGUUGGUUACUGUUCAGUUGUUUUGUUAUUAAUUAAAGAGUUGGGUAAAGUGAAAUAUUGCACAAUUGAGAAUCAUCUGUAUUUGUGAUUAGCACUUUGCGUCUCGACAUCGUCAACAGGAUCUUCAGAUACAAGGAAAAAUGCGUCUAACACAGAUAAAAGAAUCACAAACGAAAAAAAUGUUACAAAGAAAAGUGUCUUUCGUGCGCAAUAUAAUAGUCGAUGAGUAAUCGAUGGGUCAUCGAUGAGUAAUCAAUUACAUCAGUGAGAAAUCGAUGGGCCACAAUUUUUGGGCUUCGAUUACUCAUCGAUUACUCAUUGAUCAUCGCCAAUAAUCAAUGACUAAUCAACUGAUUACUCAUUGAUUACCAAUUGAUGUCAUUGAUUAUCGAUUAGUUAUGUCUGGUAUGUAAGAUACAUCAUAGAGCUUAAGCACUGAGCAGACGUUCUUAAUGUGAAAUUUACUACAUAUGAAAAUUAGCAAUUGCUGUUAAUCGUCCUCAGUGUCACGAAGGAUGACAGUAUCGUAAUCCUGGGUCAUGCAUCAGACCACCGAAUCAGUCACUGGCAUAUUUCGUGUCCCAACGCUCUAAAACUUACAAAAAAACUUUUUGCUUGGUUAUGAAAUAAUUUUUAAUCAAAUUUUUCGGCAUCUUAAGUAAAAUAAUAAUGAUGGAACUUUAAGAAAAUGUUAUUUAUUUUGUUGUAAAUAUGAAACAUUCGAGAUAUCGGCAUUUGAAACUGCAUUUUUACAAAAAAAUGUAAAUACUUUCGAAACCCUUCGACAGAUUUUUCUAAACUUCAGCAAGUAAGCCUCAAAACUCUCUAGUUUUAUAUCAGCGAGUUUAAAGUAAAUCGUGACCAUACAACUCGUCGCACAAAAUGCGGGUGAAUUUUAACCUUAAAUUGCCACGCUAACACAUUUGUGAAAGUUGACACACAAAUGGAGGAAGAGUGCCGACGGACUAUAUCCUAACUUCAAACCUUUGGUUGUUCCCAUCACCCCACUUACUUAUUAUUUUUUGUUUAAGGAUCCAGGCAGGGUAUUCUUCAGUUAGUACAAACUUGAGAAUCUAAAACCUUUAUUCAACGGUCAUUUAGCCGCAAUAAAAAGCUUAACGCAUCAAAAGAGGUCAAAGAAUUCCCUAACCUUCUUAUGAGAUCAAAAUUCUGUCAAAAACCACCGGAAAUCAAUGCGCGGGAAACACAUCGACCUCAUGACCUCUCAAUCGUCAAAAAGAACAUUUGCUCAGUCAAAACGAAGAAUCCUCCACAGUAUAGUCCAUCCGUUGUUCUAAGGUACCAGCUCUUAAUGAUCAAGCGCUCUUUUGAUGUUGUGCUCUGAUGGAUCAGGGAGUUUGCACUGCGUGACAAAAGGUAAUAUUGUCUGAUGGGCUUUUGUUGUAGAGCCAAUUUCCUGUCAUAAAACGAGAUUAGUUUUAGCCCUUUCCGAGUUAAGGAUAGCAGAAGACGUGUCUUAAAUUUUGAGAUCUAUUUUCCUCCAAAAAAAUCUUUCGAGGAGUUUGUUCAACCUCUAAUCUUAUGGUGGAGUGGUGCUUGCUUUUAGCUCAUUUCCACGUUAACGCACUAACUUUCCCUUGGGAGAGACGAGAGAUUAGCAUUAGCAUUUGACUGACGUGUUAUUGCCUCUCAGCCAAUCAGAAACUCCCGUACUCCUUGUUGUCGGACUAUUCAAAGUACCCAAGAAUUAGGGCAGGCGGGAUUUCAGUUUGACUUGCUCCCAAUUUUCAAGCGGCUCCACCCCCCAAAAACUACAGCAUUCGCCCGCUAAUCCCGCCAGCUUCGCAGGCUAAUAAUUAUAAACCCUCCCUGUUGUCAGGCCUUCUUGACUUAAAUAAUUUUUACUUCAUCAUGCUCCACACCUAUUCUGGCAUAUGUUCAUACCAGUUUUCCUUCCUUUCAAGCUGGUAUAUCUCAGAUAAUUUCCAAUGUACAAUCUUUACCACAUUAUCAUGCCGUUUUUUUUAUAUAUUCCCUCUGGCCGACUUUUUACCCUCACUUACAAGGUGAGACACACUCUGUCCCUUAUUAUUAUUACUUUUAUUAUUAAUUUCAAAAUAAUGAUUGAGAGAAAUAUAAAACAUGUUUAAACUAAUGAAGCUAGCUGUGGUUUCGUCUCACAUUCUUGUAGGUCCUGACAAAUUUUCCUACUAGCAAAUACGGGUAACUGUGGUUUGGAGCUUAAGACUUAGGUUUUUAACAAAGUGUGCCGAAUUCUGGUCCUUAAAGGGUAUGACUACCCAGGUCACGUCAUUUCCCGCCAUUUCUUCCGAAAUCUGCCAUAGCUGCAGGUCAGCAACCCUAGAGUUAACAUAGGUGUUAUUGGUGGAGUUGAUAAGGUGUUUAGGGUACUUCAGACGUAAGAACAGAUACAUAUUACUCCGAACUAGAAGCCCAUGAUGAGGACAAACGUAACGCUCGAUCAAGCAUUGUUGUUUAUAAGCUUCAUUUGUAACGGUCGUCAACAUGACUGGUGGUGGAGAAGUAGACCAGUGUUAGUAGGCUUCGCGUACACCUUCUCAAUUUGGGGCACCUGGUUUAGGAACUAGGUGCCAAGAACGGGGUCAGUUUGCUGUCCUUUCAAAACCACAUUUUUCGCUGAGAUCCCAGUGGAUAACCUGGGGGACCUUAUCGUGUCCCCAUUUACUUGUAUUGUUUCUGAGCGAGCACCUCUUGUGCGAGGAGUCAGCUCCCAGAGGUUACGCUGUUGCGGAAUGGUUGGCUCGGUAAAAGUGUUAACUUUAAAGCAGUCUUCUUUGCCAUACGCACUGUUUGAAGCUUGUGGAGCUGUAUUUAUCAUGAAUUCAAAUGUACAUUUGAGAACAAAUGGCUUUAAUGAUAAUUUCGGAGUCAUGCUGUAUUAUUUCAGUGUUAAUCAUAACUAUAACAAAAUUCUCAAAUCUGAUUGGUUCUCAACUGCCCUGAUUUCAGCCUUAAUAGGACAGUACGCGUCAUGCCUAAGUAAUUGGGCAGUACGCGCUAUCACGCGCGCGCUUAAAUGGCUUUUUUUUCCUUGCUAGCGAAAAAAUCUUGGAAUUUCUAGUGUUUUGAUUUAAAAAGAGCCCUAUAGAUCACAAAUUUUGUUAAAGUUAUGAUUAAUUGGUAACAGAACUUCGUGUCGUCCAAUUCGGUCUGUAAUCAUACUCGUGAUUAAACAAAUCGGACUCCCGCUAUGCGGUCGUCCGAUUUUGUUAAUCACUCGUAUGAUUACAGACCGAAUUGGACUCCACUCAGUCCUGUUACCAUUACUAAUCCGAACGAUGUAUGAAGCUGGGCUGAAACCGAGCAGUAUUUGAUGUGGUCCAUCGGUCACAUCGAUCGGCGGGGAAAGAACCAAUUCACUGUGGGCUUUCCUCAGGGACUUGUCAGAAAUUAGCGGCGGGGGAGGGGAGGGGGUCAGAAUUUUAAAUUUGGGUUCGGAAAUGAGGUGACCCAUCCCUGCAACGGGAGUGAAAUUUUCUUACCCUUCCCUUGACCUUGGCCUAAAAUAUCAUGACCCUCCCCCUCUUGUAUAAAUGAUAAAAUCUAGUUCUUGCAAUACGCUAGGGUGAGUCAGUAUUAUGAAAGCUCAAAAUAUAUUUCUAAUCUGUUCUUUGUAAUGCCAUAUACAUACAUCUUAGAUGACAGCAUUAAGCUGAGUCCAACUCUGAUUCUGACAGCUAAACACUCGACUCUCCUAUUUCUACCAGGUGUUUUUUUACAAAGUAAAGACAUUCUUUUUUCUUCUGUGGGUGAACCUCUACAUGAUCACGGACACAUAUUUGCAUGACUCUUCCCCUUUUAACGGCCCAUUUUUCAUGACCCCUCCCUUUUCUGCCGUCUCAAAAAGUUGUGACCCUCCCUCUGUUUCCACCCCCUCCCCUCCCCCACUGCUAAUUUCUGACAAGUCCCUCAGUGUAAUACGAAUUCAAAGGUGUAGAUUUCAGGGAAAAGCAAGGUUUUGACGGUAAAAAGUCGAACUGAGACGCACUUCCGGAAAACAAACAAAUCUCACGACCUAUUAAGCCGUAUUAAAAUCGUCUGCGAAGUGAGACGCACCGACAAUUAUUUUUUAUCUUGAUUUUCGCUCCUAUUUCUUUAAAGCUACUGGUCUUCAUUGUUGUCUGCAAAAUACUUUGCCGUCGAGUUUGCUGGUUGUUAUGAUCCACGUGUGACAAAAUUGUAAAUUUGGCUUUUGCGAGGAACAAAUUGAGAAAAUGGUUUCAUGACGUUUGUGCUUUUUAAAGAGAGGAACGUAAAAAAAGAAAAAGUAUUUUUGUUAAACAAAUUAAACCAUAUUUAAACUAGAAAUACGUGUAUUGCAGAAUCUCGCAAAUCUCAGGAGGAGGCCCAUCAAUUCGUACCAAAAAAAGUUGAAGAACAACUUAUUCAACUCUUUCACUGAACUGUUUCGACAGUCGGGGUAGUACUUUAAGUCAUAAAUAUAUAGAUUUAGCCAGGGCUAAAAGCGAGGCUCCCAUUAAUAAAUUUACAAUUUGAAUCAAACAAUAAACUUGUAUUCCACAAUUCACUUAACUUUAAGAGCACAUUCGUGUGACUUUUCAGGGAAAGGCUAAGUGAUUUUACAAAAAAUAAUUUGCAAACAGCCCAAGAGUGAACCAAAUCUCACAUCGAGUUGAUAGCCUCAUAAGUACACCCAAAAACUGGAAAUCAUCUUCAAUCACAUUUAUUAAGAACCAUAAUGGUUCUUGAUCACCGUAGAUUAAUUAGGCCUGGAAAAAAAAUUCCGGCCGAAUUUUUUGCGUUCGACAAGUUUAUUUUACAAAAUCUUGCCAACAAAUCUGGGUGCGUGUAAACCAACCUUUUAUAUCAUUUAUACAUCACAUCUGAGGUGAAACAGUACUAUGAGGCACUGUUUUUAUCAUACAGACCUCGGACAACAGAAUGCAGUAUUUCACAAUAUUGCGAUACAAAUUGUUAUUCAGGACGAUCGAAGCACGCGUGGGCUUUAGCCGUAAACCGUUGAAAAAAUUUUCAAAAUCAUCUAUACGGCCAGCCGGUUCUGACUUUUACAGUGCUAGCAGUGGCGAGUGUUUGAAUGAACAUUAACAGAGUUACGCUUCAACAUAAUAAAGAAUUUAUUAUGUUUAUUUUUUAUUUUAAAACGGUUUAACGCGCGGCAUUUUGAAUACUCCGGGCAGCGUUGUUUACUGAACGACUGAAAACAAUCGGCACAACCAGGAGCACAACGAUUAAAAUUACAAGAGAGAGUACUAAUAAUCAAUAAAAGAAUUAUAAUUCGGUGAAACAUAUACAGAGACGACAAUUUUCAUUCAGGAAGACAAGUAUUAAAGUGUCUCUAAAAAUCCUAAGUCUUCGAGCUUAAAGCUGAAGUUUAUGUUUUAAGCCGGCUUCCCGGUGUUUGCUUUUUUCAAAGAUGAACUCGAGGCAAGAAAAUCGCUCAAACCUUUCUUUUACGGCCAGAAUUAUAACUAAAUAUUCUUUGAAACGUUUUCUUUCUAUUUGCGUUGAGAAAAUGUCUAAAGGCUUUUUAAAGAUCUGUAAGCUUAUAACAAACCUGAUACUCGGUCAGAUCAUUGUCUCAAACCUUACAAACGUGCGUAAACAAAAUAGCCGCAUAAACUACGCUCGACUUCAUUAAAUUAGGAAUAAAAAACAAACAUCAAAUACAAUAAUUACUCAGGCUUACCACUCGAGAUGCAGCUCCUGAAAGGUAUCAAGUAAGGCCAGUAUCGCUUCAGACUUUGCAACCCUCUUACUCAUUAGGCAAGAUGAAAACGAAAACGAUGCCAUCCGAAAUCGGAUUUCCGACUUUGACUCAAUCAAAAACCAAGAGACUAUAAAGGGGACAGAGAGGGCAUCACCCAUAUACACCCUAUUCCAUAGGUAAUUCGUCUCGAGUUAUUUUUAACACCACAGAUCUCAAGGGGGAUUAGAAAACAGCCAAUCACAUAGCGCGAAUGUGUUCCGCGUGGAUGACCCACGCUGAGAGCCACGCGUCCUUCACGAAAUGACGCAGAACAAAAUGGGGGAAGACGCGGAGAACGACUUUGCUAUUCCUUUUGUCGACGAAAACGACUACAGCGAGAUUUCUGCGAAAGCUGUGUCAGCGAAACCGAAAUUAAAAAGGAAUCGCCCUUCCUCCCUUGUAUAGAGCUAACAGUAGAGCAGGGAAAUCCUUAACAAACUGAAUAUUCUCUCAGGAUCAUUUAUAAUUUACAGUUUGAAGAGAGCAAUUUCUGGUUUGAUGUUUAUUUUUUUCAGUCUUUGUAGCGAUUAUUCCUACUCACUUACUUUGUCAAUUAUAGGCGAACCCUCCUAAAGCUGAAUUUCAAGGGACCAUAUUCAAGCUCAGAAAGAGAAAUAAAAUUUCGUCGUUGCUUAUUUACGUCCUCCAUAAAAAGCGAAAUUAGGCAUUUUCACGUCGUAGUCGUGCAAAAACGGGAAAGAAAUGAACAAAAAAGUGUGUUGGACGUGCGAAUUUGUUGUUUUGCUAAUUAAACCUAUUGUUUUUUUUACGUUCUAGUUGUCGUCCGCGUCGUUGGAUCUUAAACUCCCUAAAUUGUACAAACGACCGGUUUCAAUAGACCGGCGAAAUUUCUCAUUUUAUUAAAGCACUGAGGUUACGACAACUUCGAGUUAAACUGAUUUCACGGGUUGUCAAAGAGUCCAGCGAUUCCUUUUUCCCCGGUGAGCGCCGACUCAGUUCGCUUCAAUAUUCAGGAAUGCUCUCGAUCUUUUUACGCUUUCAUUGCCUCUCGCCCGACAUGUUUUGCACGGCGUUUGGUCAUGCGAAACCUCCACGAAACAUCCACGCCACGCGCGAGGUAACUUUAUCCCGAUUCUAAAAAUAACUCGAGACGAAUUACCUAUGGAAUAGGGUGUAUAUGGGGAAUGCCCUCUCUGUCCCCUUUAAAGUCUCUUGUCAAAAACCCAAUAAACAAACUAGCCAUGAAUAACAGAAGACUCCUGAUAGCAGCUGAAUUUCAUUUUGUACAUCCAGUGGAAAAAGAAAGUUAAAAACAUCACAAGUUGACACAAAACUCUGUCAGAUUCAAGAUUCAGGGCGGAAAAACGUAAUGAGCAUGCGUGAACUUUUUUGCCCAGAUCCCCUGGCCGGGUUUGAAAAAAUGGCGGGAUUUCAAAUAUUUUAUUGCCUAAAAAUAAGAUGUUUCCACUCAUAACCUGGAAAGAACAGGCAAUUUGUCUUCAAAAGUUGCAAGCUGUGGUUAUAACCUUGUCGUUACUUAAUUUUCUCGAAGAAUACCUCAUAGUAAAACGGACUUUAACGACAUCAAUUUCCUAGCGUUGUACUGGAAAUGUGCAUGCGUCGGUCCGAUUUUUUUCAAGAUGCAUUCACAAAAUGUGUUCAUAUAAGGAAGUUCCUGGAUAUAUAAGGUCCGGAGCUCCACUGUGGACACAAAAACAACAUAUCUUUGGACAGUGAUUUGCCCAAAAAAAUUAAUGCUUGCCCACAAUGUGUUUGAAGGCACUGAACUUGUCGCACUCGAGCUGAUAUUUUAAAACCCUCGCUCGAUCGGACACUCGUAGUUUCGCAGAUAACUAAAAUAUAAACAAAAUCCUCAAUGUAGAAGUUACUGCGUUGAUAUGCGGGCAGAAAAAAGGUCAAUCUUUAUCUAGUAAAAUCUUCCCAAAAAUCGGUUUUAAAGCAACUAUAGUUUAUUUUUAAACUUGAUCGUUUCGCGUACUAAGAGAUAAAUAUAAAUUAAGGCAGGUACAAAAGUCGGACCGGGUCGGAUCAACUCGGAUCGACUCGGACCAACUCGGAUCGAAUAAAAAAAUAAAAAUAAAAUAAAAUUGGACUCGGAUCAACUCGGAGCAAUCAAAAAAAUUAAAUUAAAUCAUACAAAACUGAAAGUUUAACCCAUUUGGAGGGUAAAAAAGGCCAGAUCAUCCUUAUUUUCUCCGUGGCUUUCAGGCGCCAUUUUGUUUUACUAGUGCCAGUUCCUCUCGGAUCAUGUUGUAAACUCGUGGUUGUGGUUCGACAGUAAAGAAAUGAUAGUUUCAGUCGCCUAGAAUGUAUAUAUUUGCUUAUUUAUUAGACUACUGAAUUAUUUAGGAGAAAGCGUCAAAAGCCUGGUCUGCUGAUCGCAUUUAGAUAGUUACCGAAGAGUGUUUGUUUGUUUGUUGCUGUUUGUUUUUUUUUUUCUGCAGGACCUCUGAAACUUAUAUUUAAUGAUACACUAGUGAGCAGCACACAUACAUUUCCAGUGAACAUUUUCAACUUGGAAGGAGUGAGAAACCAUGCUCGCCCUGGACAAAGGAAAUUUCCAUGCCCUUGGCAAGAAUCGAACUCGCGACCCUCCGGUUCAGUGGUUGGAACGUCCGAUAAACAUGUAGUAUUCGGAGGGUCGUGAGUCCAAUUUUCGCCCGGGGUACGAAAAUUUUCGUUGUCCCGGGCGAGCAUGAUUUCUCCUCCUUCCAAGUUCAAAAUGUUCACUGGAAGUGUUUGUGUGCUGCUCACUAGUGUAUCGUUAAAAGUAAUAAAAAUAAAAAUAAACUUAAUUUACGCAACCACGAGUUCGUGAGAAAAAAGCAAAAUGGCGGGUGAAAGUUAAGUGAUACCGACUGAUAUUAUUUUUCUUUUUAUAAUCCGAGUUGUUUUUUUUAUGAUUCGAGUUGAUCCGAGUCCAAUUUUAUUUUUUUUUUUUUAUUCGAUCCGAGUUGGUCCGAGUCGAUCCGAGUUGGUCCGAGUCGAUCCGAGUUGAUCCGACCCGGACUGGCGGUCCGAGUUGAUCCGGUCCGACUUUUGUACCUGCCUUAUAAAUUACGCUUUGUGUUGUCAAGUUGAAAAUGCAUAACAUCUGUCAAAAACCCACACGUAAAGAUCUUAAAAGCAAAAGAUCAGUUGCAGUGAGCUUCGCAGCGAAACCACGAUUCACCAUGUAGCUCUUCUCCUCGCUUUAAUAACUCAGUGAAUAACUGGUCCAUGUGAGGGUCUUCAUUCAAGCAAAUUAAACUCAGCCAAUCGCUACAAAAUUCAGAAAACUGCAAAUAAGGGUAUUUGUUUUGCUCGCUUCAGGCAAAUCCAGCUCCGGCAAUUCACAGUGUUACGGGCAGAGUCAAUUGUUUUGAAGUGACUGCCGGCAGCUGUCCUCUACUUCACAGCGAGUGAAAUGGAAAAUUUGCGUACAGAAAGUUAUUUCUUAUAAAGAACAGAAACUUUCACAGUGCAGUGGAAAACAAAACUAUGUAAUUAAAUUGAAGAAAACUCUGACUACUUAUAGUAUUUGAGCAACAGAAAAAUGAUUCCUUUCUUCUAGAGUAAGUUUACUGGCCCGGUAUUUCCGAGAAAGUUUUACGGCGCACAAAAUGGUUCUUUGACUGAAGAGAAGGAUAAAGCUGGUUCUACAUAGGGAAUAAAUCUGGGCAUGUGAAAAAGUAUUUACUAAUUUAAAAAAAAAGUGGGCUUUAAUUCAGCCCGGCGAAAGAAGGCGAAAUCAACUCACAAAUAAAUCGAAUGAACAAUCAAAAAAAUACUCGCCUCUUUGGAAAUGUUCAAAACUCUUUAUUCCACCUCAGACUGACGGAAUGAUCCGUUUUUCCUUUAACAUUGGUUGUUCCGAGUCGAAAGUAAUUUUCAAGCGACGAAAAACAAAAACCACACAAAAGUAAAAAGGCUUUUCGAGGAGCAAACGUUCACACCUUCUGCAUUUCAUUCAGUCUUAGUCAGAACUUUCUCAGUGACGAACAAAAUAAACAGUCAACACACAGAAAAGCCCGCCUUGAGCCUGCGAUAAAGGAUGCGUAGAAGCUUGCGCAGAACGUUUUUCCGCCCUGAAGAUUCAAGAUGCUGCAUAAAUUUUCUGCACGAACUCACCUGUCAAAUUUUGACCAAUCAGAGCAUGAAAAUUGGUCGUAGAGCGUGACCAACGCGUGAACGUGGCGAGAAAAGUCAAAAGCGACUGUCUUCCCUGCCUGUAGCAGCUGGCUGCAUUUUCGCGUCCGAGGUCACUUUGAAAUCAAAAUUUUAAUUGUGCGGCACAUAAACACAACAUAUUUCAUAUGGAUUUUAAAAAAAUUAAACUUAAGCCUGCGAUCAUUUGAAAACCAGUACCUUGUCAGCGGAUAACUUCAAAAAACACUUGACGUCGAUGGGUCGAUACCUGAGCCCGCGAUACAGUCAAGUGAUACUGGUCAGCGGAUACCUUGUUUUGACAGCUGUCAAUGGAUCACAACAUUGACGUGUAUCAGUUUUCCAGUGCUCCGAUCCCAAACUAGCUAGAAAGUAUGAGACUGAACAUUGAUCGCGAUCUAGUAAAAUAAUUAACUGGUCAGCGGACAGCUUCCAAAUAAAUCACGUCACCUCAUUGAGUUGACACAUGAGCCCGCGAUAUGGUCAUGGGAUACUGGUCAGUGGCUAUCCUGUUUUGACAGCUGUCAAUUGACCAUAUUGUGAACGUACGCUCGGUCAAUCACGUGACAACCAAAGGAAAAGAGGUUGACCAUAAUCUAUGGGUAUAGGGCUCUAGCCCCGCUAUUAUUUAGUCUUGUGUCAUUUUCCUUCAAUAGUAUGUCUCUUUGAGACGAAAAGGGAAUUAGAAAUUCUUCAAUGAUGGAGCCUGCAUCACUCCCUCCUUCUCAACACCGUUGGGACCGUUGGCAACCUUUUUGAAAUCUUAUAAAGAGCUUGCUUGCAGCCUAUUUAUCUUAAAACGAGCUUUCUUGCGGCGUAUUAAUCUUAAUAUAUAGAUUUAGCCAGGGCCAAAAGCGAAGCUCCCAUUAAUAAAUUUAUAUUCUAAAUCAAACAAUAAACUUGUAAUCCACAAAUCAGUUAACUUAAGGGCACAUUCAUGUGACUUUUGAGGGAAAGGAUAAGUUAUUUUAGAGUGAAACAUCUUACAUCGAGUUGAUAGCCUAAAUAUAUGUACACCCAAAAAAUAGCAAACAUCUUCUAUCACAUUCAAGAGCCAUAAUGGCUCUUGAUAAAGUAGAUUAGGCCUCGAAAACAAAUUCUUGGAAAACAAAUCAGGCCGCAUUGUUUUGCGUUCGACAGGUUUACUUUACAAAUCCUUGCCAACAAAUCUGAGGGUGUGUAAACCAACCUUUUAUACUUUUUAUACAUCACAUCUGAGGUGAAACAGUACUUUUUAUCAUACAGACCUCGGACAGAAUACGGCAUUUCACAAUUUUUCAAUGUCCAGGACGAUCAAUCGUGGGCUUUUAGCGAAACCGUUCAAAAAAUUUCCAAAAAACCCAUACAGCCAGCCGGUUCUCAUUUUUAGUGCGACCUGUCAGUGUGUUUGAAUGAACUUUAAUGGCGAUACGCUUCAACAUAAUAACGAAUUUAUUAUCAUCACUUUUUGUUAUUUAAUGGUUCCAGUUAUAACGAUGUGUAAUGUUAUAAAGCGUUUGAUACCCGCGACAUUUCUAAGUACUCCUGCAAGCGAUGUUCAUGAACGAUGAAAACAAACACCACGGACAAGCGAUUAAAAUUGCAAGAGAGACUACUAACAAUCAAUAAAAGAAAUAUAAUUCGGUAAAACAUUUACAGAGACAACAAUUUUCAUUCACGAAGACAAGUAUUAAAGUGUCUCUAAAAAUCCUGAGUCUUUAAGCUUAAAGCUUAAGCUUAAGUUUAUUUUGUUUUACUUUCAGCCGGCCUUCCGGUGUUUGUUUUGUUUUUCAAAGAUGAAAUACUCGAAGCAAGAAAAUCACUCAGAGUUUUCUUUCUACAGCUAAAUUUGUAACUAAAUAUUCUUCGGAACGUUUUUUUUCUAUUUGUCGUGAAAAAAAAAAUCUGAAGGCCUUUUAAAGUUCUGUAAGCUUAUAUCAAACCUAAUACUAGAUCAGAUCAUUGACUCAAAUCUUAACGAACGUGCAAAAACUUGCCGCAUAAACUGUGCUAGACUUCAUGAAAUUAGAUACAACAAAAACAAACAUCAAAUACAAUAAUUACUCAGGCUUACCAUUCGAGAUUCAGUUCCUGAAAGAUAUCAAGGAAGGCCAUAGUUGCUUGAGACUUUUAAACCCUCUUACGCAUUGAGCAAGGUGAAAGACGAAAACAAUGCCAUCCGAAAUCGGAUUACCCAAUUUUGACAAGCGACGCAUUUCUCAACCAAAAACCCAAUAAACAAACCAGCCAUGGAUAACAGAAGACUCUUGAUAGCAGCUGUAUUUCAUUUUGUACAUCCAGUGGAAAAAGACAGUUAAAAACAUCACAAGUUGACACAAAACUCUGUCAGCUUUACCCGUCAAAGUAAACAACAUUCAAGAUGCUGCAUAAAUUUUCCGCAUGAACUCACCUGUCAAAUUUUGACCAAUCAGAGUACAAAAAUUGGACGUAGAGCGUGACCAACGCGUGACUAUGGUAAGAAAAGGUCUUCCCCGCCCUUAUUUUUAAAAAAGUGGCUGAAUUUUCGCGUCCGAGGUCAGUUUGAAAUCAAAAUCUUGACAGUGCGGGACCAUAGUGACAUAAACACAACUUAUUUCAUAUGAAUCGUUGGAAAAAAUAGACUUGAGCCUGCGAUCACUGGUAACUGGUAAUUUGUCAGCGGAUAACUUCAAAAAGUACUCGAAUUCGAUGGGUCGGCACUUGAGCCCGCGGUACGGUCAGGUGACACUGGUCAGCGGAUAUCCUGUUUUGACGGCUGUCAAUUGAGCACAACAUUGAUGUGCAAUUACUUUUCUACUGGGCUCCCAAACUAGCUAGAAAGUGUGAGAGAAAACAUUGGUUUCCCUGUGGUGCGGACGGACGGUCGGGCGUACGGUCACGUGAUUACCAAAUUUUCUCGGAUGGGUAGAUUACCACAUUUCCUUAGCUAUGGAGCUCCGUCCACACGCGCGCUUCGCGCGCGGGUGGAGCUCCGCUAUAAAGAGCUUGCUUGCAGCAUAUUAAUCCUAUGAAGAGCUUCAUUGAGGGCUAUUAAUCUUAUAAAGUGCUUGCUUGCGGUCUAUUAAUCUUAUAAAGUGCUUGCUUGCAGUCUGUUUAUCUUGUAAAGGGCUUGCUUGCAGCCUGUUAAUGUUAUCUAACCAAUACAUUCCAUGUUGCCGUGCGUGUGUUCAGUAAUAGAUCACAGAUGACGUCAAAAUGUGGUGAAAACAGAGAAGUGGCACAUGAGCCACAGGCGAGUGAGUCACAUGUUUUUUUCCACAUUUUGACGUCGUCUGUUGUCUAUUACUGAAAAGACCCAUGUGAACAUAAAAUCUAUUCGUUUUUUACAAUAAACAGAAAGGGAAAACGACAAACGUACCUCGUCCUGCUUGUCUGUUCGAGGAUUUGUGCCAGGUUGAGCAUUUUUCAAGUCAUCACGAACGCUCUUUUUUUCAUUGCUUCUUCUUUUUUCUUUAUCUUACUUGUAUACAGUUUCUCCGCGUAAGAAUUUCAACGCCUUCCCUUGCUCAAAGCACAAUAAUCGCAAAAACAUGCGAGUCUCUCGUAGAGAUGACACACGAUGGCAACUGUUGUGUGGUCGUGGUGGAAGGAAAACAAUAGAAAUGUGGAGGUGGUAUAUUACUUCACUAUUAACGGAGCUGUGUUGACAUAAAAGUUGAGUGUGAGGUCGAUGGGGGCUCGAUGUGGGGUCGAUGUAGGGUUGAUAUGGUCGAUGUUGGAUCGAUGUAGGGUCUAUGUGGGAUCGACAUGGUGGAGGGAAAAUAAAAAUAAAAAAUAAAAUAGGAACAAUAAAUUAAUUGUGGAGAAGUAGGACGGGAUGGGGGUAAGUAAAACGUUGCCUUUGGUGCUAAAAAGAGCUAGUUUGCCUUCGCCGUCAUUAAUAUGCGCGAUUUGCGCGCCAAUAAUCAGUGAACCGGAACCCGAACAAUGACAGUGGCAGAAAAUAGAACCGUGCAUAAUUACGUCACAGGCGAGUUUGAGUUCAUUCCUUAGACACCAUGAAUUAACCAAUGAAAACGGUUCUUAGUUUUCAAAUCACCCAAUCGAAAACCAACACAUUUACCAACCUUAACGUCACUAGAAAACCUGUCAGACCGGUUAAAUCACUUAAAAAUAAAAUAGCAAACGACCAUAUCUACAUGAGAUUCCUCCGCAUUUUUUAUGAUAUAAAGACAAAAGGUCAUGACGUCGUAGGCGUUAAUAUGUUCCUGCGCAAGAUAAUGAGAUUCCUGCGCAAAAAAAUGGAGAAAAACAUCCCUGCCAUUCUAUUGCUGUAACGUAAUUACGCACGUUCUAUUUUCUGCCGCUGUCAUUGUCGUAGUUCCAGUUUACUAGAACACCUGUCAGACAAGUUAAGUCACUUUAAAGUUGAUGAGAUUCCCCCGCGAAAAGGGGGUUAAUUCGGUGCGCUCUAUACUACUAGCUUGCUUGCAAUGCAGCCUAUUAAUUGUCUCCUUUUUGCCUGCAUCAUAGAUUGGCUGAAACAUUCAGAAAACUGCCAGAUCAUAUUUGCUCAGACUCUCACCUCUAUUCCAUUCACGAUCUUUUGCAGGUAAUUUAUUCUAAAAUAGCAUUAUUGUAACCGUCGCAAGGCUAGCUCAGUUGCUAGAGUGCUUGCACCUGAGCAGUAGGUCACUAGUCCGAUUGCAGGGCCCGGACUAGCAGUGCUCGAAUGACCACAUAGAAAUGGUCUUUCCUUAGUCAUGAGUUCUUGUGUGUUUUCUACAUUUACCCUUAAAUAUAGUAGGUUUAAAACCCUAAGAAACGCCUUAAGAUAUACAAUAUAUGCAUUAUUAGAGGGCAUUAAACAUAAUUAUUUGGGCCAAAUGUCCGGGUCAGUUUUGAACCAAAGGAAGUACACAAUUCAUCUUUCACUUAUUUGGUUGGUCAGGUUUGCCUCUACCAUUAUGUUUUGUCUCUUUUAGGCUCGUAAUGGACGACUUCUCUUGUUUCUGCGUAGUUUAGCACUAGAGUCGUUGAAUCACAUCACUCAUUGUCAGGUAUGAUUAUUCUGCAUGGCUGAAUAAUUUUUAUGAGCAACUUCUCCUGACUGUUUACCCUACAACCUACAUCUGCUUUUUGUAUAAUUACAGUCGAACCUCUACUGACGGCCUCCUCUAUAUCCCCACAACGGUCACCUUUCUAUAACGGCCACUUUGUUUUGUUCCAGCGGACAGUCCAUAAAUUUACUCUUGUUUAAGCCUCUCUACAACGACAACGGCUUCUAAAGCGUACCCCCAACUGCCAAAAUAGCCUCUCGACAACAGUCAGUUUUUUCCGGCGACUGAUGAACCUGAAUUUUGACCCGUAUAGCUAGUUGAUAAUUAAUCACUGCAUCUUAUUUCGACUGUGUUCCCUUUACACUGCUGCAGUAAUCAUAAACUGUCUAUGCUAAUUGUAGCGAAUGUUGCGAACCUUGCUUGUUUUGGCAGGUUAAUUUUUUGAUUCAAAACAUUAUUUAAGUUUUUUGUGUUUUUCUCUCUACAUACUAGAACAUAAUUGGAUUACCAUUUUGGGAUACAGUAAGCAUUAACUUAGGAACGAUAUACGUGUUGUACUCUGUAAACAAAAUUUGUCAUAAUACACCACUACCUCCCCUGAAUGGCCACCUCUCUACAACGGUCACUUUCGGUCGUUGUAGAGUGGUUCGACUGUAUUACGUUGUAUAAUAUUACUUUGCCAAUUUUCUACAGCUUUGCCUUGCGAAAGGAUUCAUUUGUGAAUACUGCAAGGAUGGAGAUGACGUCAUAUUUCCCUUUCAACUCAACAGAGUUGUUCAGUGUUCAGGUUGGGUACUUGUUUUGCUACAUUUCAUUCCAUGUUUUUUGCCAUUUUUUUAUCGUGAAUAUUGUUUAUUGCUGACUGCAAAUUUAUACAAUAUGAAUGAUGAUGUCUAUAAUCAAAUUAUUGUCUUAACAAGCAAAACGAAACAAAUAAAGAUCAACUGAAACUUAAGAAAAUUUUGAAACUGGUUCAAAAAGUUGAUCAACCAAACCAACCGAAAACGGUUGGUCCCAAUAGAACACAACCAUUGUCUCACAAAGGGUCAAGUACAGGGAUUCUUUUUGGGGCUAGUGUCCUCGCGAAGAAGCAAAGCACACCGGCAACCGCUAAUUGAACACGUUCAGGCAUAGCAGGAAGAGCAGGAGAAACGCGACAUCUAGGAAGAGGUGGCUACCCACCUUGUUCCCAAGCAUCCUAUCUGCUAUGAUUCAUACUCUUUAUUUGACCUUUCACAAGAUAAGAAACUUGAAACUUUCAGUUUUCAGGGAUUUUCAACCUCGAGUUCAUGAAAGAGAACGGAAAAAAAAUGCUGAAGACAGUUAUUUUUGACUAGAAACACGUUAUCGCAAAAUCCUCACCAAGCUCUUAAGGGUCAGCAGUGAGAAACAAAGGAAACAAGCCAAAGGGAAAAAAUAUGAUCAAAAAAGAAAUUGUACAAAGAAAAGAAAACACCCACGGCGAGAUUCGAACACCUCUUGUGCGAGGAGUCAGCUCCCAGAGGUUACGCUGUUGCGGAAUGGUUGGCUCGGUAAAAGUGUUAACUUUAAAGCAGUCGUCUUUGCCAUACGCACUGUUUGAAGCUUGUGGAGCUGUAUUUAUCAUGAAUUCAAAUGUACUUUUGAGAACAAAUGGCUUUAAUGAUAAUUUCGGAGUCAUGCUGUAUUAUUUCAGUGUUAAUCCGAUCGAUGUAUGAAGCUGGGCUGAAACCGAGCAGUCUUUGAUGUGGUCCAUCGGUCACAUCGAUCGGCGGGGAAAGAACCAAUUCACUGUGGGUUUUCCUCAGUGUAAUACGAAUUCAAAGGUGUAGAUUUCAGGGAAAAGCAAGGUUUUGACGGUAAAAAGUCGAACUGAGACGCACUUCCGAAAAACGAACAAAUCCCACGACCUAUUAAGCCGUAUUAAAAUCGCCUGCGAAGUGAGACGCACCGACAAAUAUUUUUUAUCUUGAUUUUCGCUCCUAUUUCUUUAAAGCUACUGGUCUUCAUUGUUGUCUGCAAAAUACUUUGCCGUCGAGUUUGCUGGUCGUUAUGAUCCACGUGUGACAAAAUUGUAAAUUUGGCUUUUGCGAGGAACAAAUUGAGAAAAUGGUUUCAUGGCGUUUGUGCUUUUUAAAAAGAGGAACGUAAAAAAAGAAAAAGUAUUUUUGUUAACCAAAUUAAACCAUAUUUAAACUAGAAAUACGUGUAUUGCAGAAUCUCGCAAAGCUCAGGAGGAGGCCCAUAAAUUGGAAGUGGGGAGAGAAUUGGAGUAAAUUGUGUAACUAGGGAGGGCGCGUUUCAACACUGGCUUUAAAAUUGGAAGGUGAAUUGUAGUUAAUCUCCUUUUUUAUAGGGAGGAACGAUGAUAUUUUGCUAUCAGCUAGACAGAUUUUUAAUUGUUUGUCUGCUUUCUGAAGUAUUUACCCAACAAAACUCCAUUUUCAAGGAGAAUAUUGUCCCCAAAAAAUGCAAUUUUUUGCCCAAACUUCUCCCGCUGAUACCCAGUGCAAGUUUUUGUUAGUAGUCAAACAAAUGCCAUAGUGAGUAGUUUCAUCUGAAGUACUUACCACAGAAGGUUUUGUUUUACCAUUUCCAAUCUUGGUCAAUCCUUAGCGACAUUCAUUCAUAAAUUUUCGCUGGUUGAUACUGAAAUUCCCUGACUUGUUAAAUUGUCCUUUACAGGGAAAAGAAUUAAUUUUCCUGGCAUGGCAACUAUUUCACACACUAAUAUUCUGACGAGAUCCAAAAUACAGAUGUUCUUUUCGAAUAUUAAGUAGGAUCAAAAAUAGUCAGGUGGCAUAGAUUCGUGUAGUGGCUCAAGGCUUUUCAUCAGUUCAGACUUUGUGCCUGGCAAAUAAAGUUUGCCGAAUCCUGACAUUGAGGGAGGAAAGGAUUGAACUUCAUGGGAAAAGAAUUCUUCCAAAUCCCCUUCACGGUUCUGCAUUGAGAUAUACAACUGACAAAAAGAGACACACUAUUUUCAUGAGCUUUAAUCUUCUUUCCUUUCUUCGGCUUAAUCUUUGGACUCGGUUUCUUGAAGAGUGCUUAUGAAUAGAUCGGUUUCGUUCUUCCAGUACUUCUCUGACAAAGUUACUGUAUUGCUUCUUGCUUGUGUCUUCAAGGGUGUACAAUGCAGCUAUGGCCGAUUCAUCAGCGCAAUCUCGACUGUCUAAGGAUACGAGAUCUGAAAAAUCGGCCAAGAAACGGUUCCCCAUCUUUUUUAUGAUGCUACAGAGACUAGUGACCUGCCUUUGAAAGGUUUUUUGCGUUGAUAGACCUUGCUCGUGAUUCAGAAAGUUUUGGGGAUUAUCUGGAUCGUUAUCAGAAAAGAGUUCCCUCUCGAACUGUUUCCGAAGUCUUGACAGCUCUGGUUCUGACAGGAUCCAGCGUCUGACGGCAACAGGAUUUUCUGUAAGACCAAUACAACCCCUCGAGCCUUUCACGUGAUCGAACAGAAUUCCAGAGAAUGUAUUGGCCGUUUUUGAAAUAACCCAGUUACCCUUAAUCUGAAACUCUUCUUUGAUUGGUCGAGGAAAAGAUUUCAUAUCUCUUAUAUGAACGGGUAGCCACCUUGCGUAAUUGACAUGGUCUAAGGCAAAGAGCAAAAGUGCUAGUUCUUCCAAAACGUUCACAUGCAAAGGAACGGUUUUCUCCCUGUGAGCCCGGACAAAGAUGAGAAUAAGAGUUUCGUAUCGCAAAAUAAGCUCCCAUAAAUGUUGGACUUUUAGCUAUCAUCUGUAAUCUCCAGGCUUCAGCUGUUUCUUUGUGUUCAGAGCCAUUACAUCUUAAGAAAGCUUCACGUUGAAGGAUAUGCAAGGUUAACAGUGUGACUUGGUGGGCGUGUCUGGUACGGGUGAGGUGUGCUGCGUUCAACAUCGAUUUUGCAGUCCCGGCAGAAGAUACUUCAGCUUCUGAUAGAGCUGAUGUCCACCCAGAGCCUUCCCGUAAAUCUCCAAGUACGUUCCAAAGGUCCAUCUCUGUGUGCAACCCUCCCAGCGUGGCUACAUACUGUCCUUCGCCAUGAGUGGCUGGAAACUGCCAUUGGGUCAGCUUUGCCAGGGCGAGGAGUAGCUGAUCAAACGUAAUGACUGGAAUCUGACCAGGGUUAAGGGUUAAGUAAGUUUGUCGCUUGCUUCAUUACAUCUAUACCGUGCUGAAUCAUUGUAGAUGUAGAAGAGAGGAAGCAUUGCACACAAAGCUGGAAGCCCAUGUGUCGGUCUUUGUUGAGAGGCGCGAUAAGCUGCCCAUGCAAUAACGUCUCCUUUCUGUAUUUCGUCUUUUUUCAGAAGUCGCGUGGAGAUCUGCACCGAUUUAUUUUUCACUUCUAGGGCUUUAUCCAGGCAGACCUUUGUUGCUCCACCUUUACCACUGGGACAACAGUGUUAGAACUUUGCCAUGAACAGUAGCGUUGGUUUCAGGGAGCUGAACAUGCGUUCCUUUCACGGAAGGAGGAAGCGUAACUGGCGGUCUACAUUCACCGGCUUGUUUCGGGAUGGAAAUUGGAACAUACUAAUACCAGUACCGUGGAAAGAGCUUUGUGAUGUAGUGAACUGAGAUUAUGGUCCAGGUUGUCCAAAGCACCAACACUAAACAGACCUCUGUGCAGGCAAACAGGAGAUACAACUCCGUCCUCGUCAACAAGUGUGCGAAUUGCUUUGGCAAGCUCCCUAAAUCGUCGUGGAAAAUUUAUAGUUUUUUUAAUGCUGGGCAAACGGAAAAACCGGUCAAAAACCGGUCACAAGCCUGCCAUCUCCAGAUGAAAAAAAAAUCGAAAGACAAAGCAAAGGCACACUCAACUGCGUCGGAGACUGACGAAGUGUUCGAAGCUUUAGAAAUGGCGGAAGGUGUGGGGUCGAAGCUUGAAGCUGUACUUAAAAAAAAUUUGAAAAGCUUGAUACUAAUGAAAGCCACUUGAGCCAGAUGCACACAACGCUAGCAAGUAUUGAAGAAAAUGUAAGCAGGCUGGAUUCGGAAGUGGAAGAUCUCGAAACAAAGUCCAAACAGCUUGUCUCAACAGUCAAUGAAAU